CGGACAGCCAGGUUCUGCACCAGCAAAAGAAAAAGUGGAUCACUAUUUGGCAGGAAGGCGAGGCCUAGACCUGGCAGCCAAGCAGAGUCUCACCGCGAAGGUGCUGGGAGCGCCAAAUCUGGGAACCAAUGGGAGUGGGUAGGGGGACGUGAAGGGACAAAACGAGAAGUGGAGCUGGCCGAGCGGCUCGCUGUGGGAAGCGGAGGGCGGGAGCGGCAUUGCCCAUUACUGUCUGUGACGGAGCUGGGAGAGAGGGGGGGAGAAAUCAGCAGGGAUACCGCAAGGAAACAAACCAUCCGGAGGAACAUUGGAUUUUGUAAUUUUUGUAUCCAGGGACGAGGAUUAUUUUUUUUUUCUAAAGGAAGCCCUUCCCCCCCCAUUAUAGUCUAUGCAGCCCUCCAGGUAAGUGCCAACUUACUGCCCCCAUUCUUCAUGUGAGAGCUGACUGUGUGUAUAAAUAAUGUGCAGCCUUUGUUCUGUAAUUGCAGCCUUGUGACAGUGCUGGAAGACUCCCGAGCAGCUCCCUCUAUACCCGCUCACAGCCAAAUUCUCCUGUUGCUCAAAAAGAAAACACUCUCUCCCCUGCUAUGCUCUUGCGCCCCCUUGUGUUUCCCCCCUUACACAUCUGACGUCACGGUUCCUUAGAGUGCAUGACGUAACAACAUUCCUUUAUCCUUGCAGAACUCUAUAGGUUCUCAUAAAGAAUGUUUUGUUUUUUUGAGGUACUAAUCUUAUCACAAUCGCGUGUUCUCUUACAAUUCCCAUCAGAUAGUACCAAUCAGUCCCCCACCCUCUGCUGUGUUGGAAGUAGUGCUUUAGUUGGGUGUGCUGUCUGGGCAUAGUUAGAAAAGAGGCCAAGGGGAGAGAAAGUGAGUGAGUGAGGAUUAUGUGACACUAGUGAAUAAAGCCAGGAAGGAGCAGCCUUUUUGCUGUCUGACUUGUCUGCCUCUCCAGUCUCCAGCUUUGGUUCCUUUGUCUGCAGCCUUCCCUCCCCUCCCCCUCUCGUCUCUUUCUUUGAGACUCAAUCGCUUGCUGCUGCGGGUUUGUAAAUACUGGACCAACACACAACAUGGCUGACACUCGCCCUGCCUGGUAGGCUCCAAUUUCCUUGCGGCUUGUCUUGCUGCUCCUUUCAGCAGUGCGUGUCCAGUUCUCUCCCUGUACACCCCAAUCCCCAUUUUAUCACUGAAGGGCGGUGAGCCCAUCGGACGCUGCAGCCCCCUGUGGCUCCUCUGUUAGAGUGGCAUUUCAAGGGUAAGCGAGACAGUCCUGCAAAUCUCAUCCACCAUGCUCUCUGUGUAAGGUUUUACAUCUACCCAUCUGUAAUUAUUGUAGCAAAAGUUUUUUUUUUGGGGUGUGAUCUGCGCCAGGCCUUGGUAUUGAGCCAGGAGGUCUAUGGAUUUUAUGUUCGCUCUUAUGUUGUUAUGCCAUUCGGGGGAGGGGAGUGAUGCACCAAAAAUGUUGGCAGAGCCUGUCUUCUCUAGGCUUUCCAGUUAUUCUCAUUUCACGUAUGUUCAUUGAUAAAAUGCAUGAUUGCAAAUACUAGGGAUGGCAAUAGCCUCUGUAUAUUUGGUCAUGUGUGGAUAAUCGUUUUUUUGGGGUUUUUUUUGCCUGUGGUCUCUGUGAAUAAGACAUUUUAUUGGAAAGUGUGAUGUUCAGGUGUGUUAGUUUUCAUGUGAUUGCAGCCAAAUUACUGACUUCUGUGUGCAUGGUCUACAAUGCAACUAGACAUAAAACACCUUUUCAAGUCUUUUGUUGGGUCACUUAAACUGUCUUGGAAAAGGUAAGAUUGUUUGGAAAAGACGUGUUUUUUUUUUUUUUUUGGUACAGAUUUCUUUUCCACUUUUACGCUCAUCUGAUAUCAUCAUUUACAAAUGUACUGUCUGUUCCCAUGAAUCAUCCUUGAAAAGUGAACACAAGCACUGUUCAUUUUAACCUUCGUUUUAUUUUUUUGCAUGUCUGCUUCUCUGUUCAGGUUUUAAAGUUUUGUGUUUUAUUUUAAACCAAAGUCUAUUAGCACUUGUUGACACUACUUGUGCACUAUUCACAUGGUAUCAUUCUUAUUUGCUUUUUUACUGCAGUGUUUUAUUAAAGGGAUUUUAUAAGCACCAAUACAAUUUUGGUUUCAUUUCCAGUCAUGUAUGACAACACAGUGUGUUCACUUUAGAAGUUUCUAUCUUCUGCUCUGUUAAUUGAGCUUUUAUCAUACAUAUAAGGCUCCUGCAGGCUAUUAACAUUACAGGAGAUACUUAAUUCUAAAUUAAACAGAUUGAUUAUUUAAUAAAGGAAGUUAAAAAAAACUUAGAUCUCUCUAUAGCAAAUGUGUAGCGAGACUAAUGUAGGUCACAUGUAGAGGAGAUGUCGCUAGGAUUGGAUAAUCAAAGUGUUUAACUCCUGGACAGCAGAUAAUUGAGCAGUGAGACUGCAUUGGCAUGAUUUAUACACGAAAAACACCAAACUGAGAUGUUUUAGCAUUUAUAGUGUCUAUUUAAAGUUUGAAAUAUUGGAUGUAGUGGGAUCAUGUCAAAUUAGAACAAAAUGUAGUUUGUAUAUGUAUGUGUGUAUAUAUAUUUUUUUUUUACAAAAAUCCACAAACUCAUUUUUUUUUUUAAAUUUAUUUUAAUACACUUAUGUUUCCACAUACUUCUGCAGUCAUUGUCAGUCAAUAGUAAACAAAGUCUUUGAAUAUGCAAUAAGUAGGACAUUUUUAAUGUUCUGUCAUCACAUUUAUUUGUAAAAAGUCUGCUGGUAUUUGUGGAACUGCAGAUUGCAAAAAUUCAGCACAAAUAUAUAAUAUAUAUAUAUUUUUUUUUUUACUGCAGUGUUUUUAUUAAAGGGAUUUUAUAAGCUAUAUAUAUAUAUAUAUAUAUAUAUAUAUAUAUAUAUAUAUAUAUAUAUAUAGGAUUGCAGGAUUUUAUUUCAAUAUCUACAUUAUUAUUGUGUGUGUGUGUGUCUUUUUUUUUUUUUUUUGGAAUUUAUAUAGCGCCAAUUUAUUUGGGCACGAUUUACAAUAUUAUACAUUUGACAAUAAAAGAGAGAAUUGCAAACUGUUAAAGGAACAAUAAGUUGAUGAGGACGCUGCUCAAAUGAGCUUACAGUAUAGAAGAGGUGGUUAUAAGAACACAAUAGGAAAGGCAUUGAGGGGAUAGCAACCAAACGACAAGAUGGGUUGUUGCAAGGUGUUGCAGUGGAUGUGAUCUACUUGGAUUUUGCAAAGGCGUUUGAUACAGUUCCUCUCAAUAGGUUAGUAUUCAAACUAAAAGAAAUUGGUCUAGAUGAAUGUUCUUGGGUAGAACAUUGGCUUAAGGAUAGAGUACAACGAGUUGUCAUUAAUGGUAAAUUUUCAGACUGGACAAAAGUGGUAAGUGGUGUCCCUCAGGGUUCUGUUUUGGGACCGCUUCUAUUUAACAUAUUUAUAAAUGAUCUUGAAAUAGGCAUUGAAAGCCAUGUCUCCGUGUUUGCAGAUGACACAAAACUUUGUAAAGUAAUAAAAUGUGAGCAGGAUACUGCUUUGCUGCAGAGGGAUUUGGAUAGAUUGGAGGACUGGGCACUAAAAUGGCAGAUGAAAUUUAACGUACAGAAAUGCAAAGUUAUGCACUUCGGGGUUAAGAAUGCACAAGCAAUUUACACCCUAAAUGGUAGUGAACUAGGGAUAACCACACACGAGAAGGAUUUGGGAAUUGUUAUAGGCAGCAAUAUGCAAUGUCAAUCUGCAGUUGCUAAGGCCAGUAAGGUUUUGUCAUGCAUAAAUUCUCGGGAUAAAAAUAUAAUUUUGCCUCUUUAUAAAUCUCUGGUAAGACCACACCUUGAAUAUGCUGUGCAGUUUUGGGCACCUGUUCUAAAGAAAGAUAUCAUGGCACUAGAAAAAGUGCAGAGACGAGCUACAAAAUUGAUAAAAGGAAUGGAGCAUUUUAGUUACGAAGAAAGGUUAAAAAAUGUAAAUCUCUUUAGUUUGGAAAAACGGCAUCUCAGAGGGGAUAUGAUAAUAUUAUAGAAACAUAGAAUGUGACGGCAGAUAAGAACCAUUCGGCCAUCUAGUCUGCCCAAUUUUCUAAAUACUUUCAUUAGUCCCUGGCCUUAUCUUAUAGUUAGGAUAGCCUUAUGCCUAUCCCACGCAUGCUUAAACUCCUUUACUGUGUUAGCCUCUACAACUUCAUCUGGAAGGCUAUUCCAUGCAUCCACUACCCUCUCAGUAAAGUAAUAAUUCCUGAUAUUAUUUUUAAACUUUUGCCCCUCUAAUUUAAGACUAUGUCCUCUUGUUGUGGUAGUUUUUUCUUCUUUUAAAUAUAGUCUCCUCCUUUACUGUGUUGAUUAACUUUGUGUAUUUAAAUGUUUCUAUCAUAUCCCCCUGUCUUGUCUUUCCUCCAAGCUAUACAUGUUAAAGGACCAGUCUAGGCACCCAGACCACUUCAGCUUAAUGAAGUGGUCUGGGUGCCAGGUCCAGCUAGGGUUAACCCAUUCUUUCAUAAACAUAGCAGUUUCAGAGAAACUACUAUGUUUAUGAAUGGGUUAAGCCUUCCCCUAUUUCCUCUAGCAGCUGUCUCAUUGACAGCCGCUAGAGGCGCUUGCGUGCUUCUUACGGUUUUUUUUUUACAGUGAGAGCACGCAAGCGUCCAUAGGAAAGCAUUAUGACGGGGAGGAGAAGAGGAGGAUCGGAGGAGGGGAGUUCCCCGCCCAGCACUGGAAAAAGGUAAGUUUUAACCCCUUUCCCCCUUCCAGAGCCGGGCGGGAGGGGGACCCUGACGGUGGGGGCGCUCUCAGGGCACUAUAGUGCCAGGAAAACUAGUGUUUUCCUGGCACUAUAGUGGUCCUUUAAGAUCCUUUAACCUUUCCUGGUAAGUUUUAUACUGCAAUCCAUGAACCAGUUUAGUAGCCCUUCUCUGAACCCUCUCUAAGGUAUCAAUAUCCUUCUGAAGAUACGGUCUCCAGUACUGUGUACAAUACUCCAAGUGAGGUCUCACCAGUGUUCUGUACAAUGGCAUGAGCACUUCCCUCUUUCUACUGCUAAUACCUCUCCCUAUACAACCAAGCAUUCUGCUAGCAUUUCCUGCUGCUCUAUUACAUUUUCUGCCUACCUUUAAGUCAUCAGAAAUAAUCACCCCUAAAUCCCUUUCCUCAGAUGUUGAGGUUAGGACUCUAUCAAAUAUUCGGUACUCUGCCCUUGGGUUUUUACGCCCAAGAUGCAUUAUCUUGCACAUAUCCACAUUAAAUGUCAGUUGCCACAACUCUGACCAUUUUCUAGUUUACCUAAAUCAUUUGCCAUUUGGCUUAUCCCUCCUGGAACAUCAACCCUGUUACAUAUCUUAGUAUCAUCAGCAAAAAGACAUACCUUACCAUCAAGACCUUCUGUAAUAUCACUAAUAAAAAUAUUAAAGAGAAUGGGUCCAAGUACAGAUCCCUGAGGGUACCCCACUGGUGACAAGCCCAAACUUCGAAUAUACUCCAUUGACUACAACCCUCUGUUGCCUAUCACUCAGCCACUGCCUUACCCAAAUAUAUUUGGGGCCAGUACAAACCUUUAUCUGGAAAUCUAUUCAUAAACAGGGCUAUACAUAGGACACAAUGUCACACAUUCAGGCUGGAAGAAAGGAGAUUUCAUCUAAGGCAAAGAGAAGCUUUUUUUAACAGUAAGAACAAUAAGGAUAUGUAAUAAAAACAUAACAUACAGGAAUAUAAUUUCAAAUUAGUGGGGUAAUAGCUGCUUGAUCCAAGGAGAUAUACGACUACUAUUUUUGGGUCAAGAAGGGAAUGUUUCCUAGUUUGUUGCAAAAUUGGAAACGCUUCAGACUAGGUUUUUUGCCUUCUUUUGGAUCAACAGCAAAAACAUAUGUGAGGAAGGCUGUUGAUGCACGCGAGUCUCUUUUCAGAGACUAUGUAAUGGGAAAUUAGGAGAACUGGAAGUUGAGAGUGGAGUGUGGCCCUUUAGGAGAAAGCAAAAGACAGGUUUGUGAAAUAUAAGUUACUCUAGGAGCCCAAAUGUUUUUCUGAAGAGAUGGGUUUUGGCGAACUUCUUAAAUGAUUAAAGACUACUGUAGAAUCUGAUGGGGUAGGCAGAAUGUUCCAACGGUAAGGAAACACACAGAAAAAGUACUGCAAGUGCGAGUUAGCAGUAAGGAUGCGAGCAGUGGAAAGGCGAAAGUCCCCAGCAGAGUGGAGAGACCAAGUAGGGGCAAACCUGCAAAUUAGUGAAGAAAUAUACCAAGGGCUAGGGGUUAGUAUUUUGAAUUGACUUCUAUAGGGUACAUGAAGCCAAUGUUAGGAUUGACACAGGAAGAGGUGUGUGUGUGUGUGUGUGUGUGAGGAGUGACAGGAGAGAAAAAUCAGCUUGGGGGCAGCAUUCAUUACAGACUGUAGCAAGGCAGUAUGGCUUCUGGUAAGACCAAUUAAAAGAGCAUUACAGUAGUCCAUGCAAGAUAUUACUAGAGCAUGAACAAACUCCUUGGCAUCAUCUUGCCUAAGAAAGGGACUGAUGUGGGCAGUGUUUUUAAGGUGAAAUUGACCAGUUUUAGCAACAGACUAAAUUUGAGGCAAGAAUUAAAGAUAACACCAAUGUGGGAAGUUUUCUGGAAUGGGCUGAUGCGGAUACCAUCAGCAUGCAGGGAGGCCGAAAGAGAAGUCUUGUGUAUUAUGUAGUAUUAUGAGGAGGAAAAAAAGAGAUUGGAUAUCCUCCUGCUUUCUGAAAUUCAAUCAGAGAUGGAAGUACGACAACUAGUGACGCGUAGGACAGAUGUGAGAUAUAUCUAGGUGUCAUCAGCAUACAGGUGGUGGUGGAAUACAAGAUUACAAAUGCAUUAAUAAGUUUGCCAAGGGUUGAAGUAUAAAGGAAAAAAAAAACAAAAGGGGACCAAGAACAGAACCUUAGGGAACUCCAACUUAGUAGGGGGUGCCUUUAGAAAAGAAGAUAAUGAAUGUUGGGAGAUAUAAGAUGGGAACCAUGAAAGGGACGGUGUCACAGAGACAGUGAAGAGUUUGGAGAAGGAGAACAUGAUCAUCAAUGUCAACAGCAAUGGAGAGGUCAAAAAUAAUUAUUAUAGAGUAGUGGCCUUUGGAUUUAGUCGUAAUUUAGAUUUUGUUACUUCAAUCAAAGCAGUCUCAGUAGCGUGGAGGGGUGAAAGCCAGAUUGAAGAGGGUCGAAGUGAGAGUUGGAAUUAAGAAAGCAAACCAAACUGGUAAAGUCAAGUCUUUGUAGAAGCCUUGAGGAAAAAGGGAGCAGGGAUAUGGGCCGAUUGUUGAAAAGGGAAGAUGGGUCGAGUUGGCUUUCAAAGGACGAGUACCACAGUAUCAUGUUUUUAAAGGAGCAGGAACAAUCCCAGAAAAUAGAGAGCAGUGUAAGUUAUGCAUUAAUGAUGGCACAAGACAAGGGGAGAGAGAGAGAACUGAUAAGGUGAGAUGGGACGAGAUCAAACGGACAAGUGGUGGGAAAGGCACAGUCCUAGUGUGGUUGAGAGAAAGAAGAGCGAAGGGGACAUCAUUAUUUCCUUAACUGUUUAAUCUUGCCCGUACAGUAGGGGGAAGAAGAGAGUUGAAGGUAUCAGAGCCGCCUGGGAUUGUGGGAGUAUGAACAAAUAAGAGAGGAAAAGUAUGACGUAGGUCCUGAUGUGUGCCACUAUUCCUCCCUUCCUACCUCUCUUUUCCUACCACAGGGAGUGAAGGUCUGAUUUAUAUGAGCUAAGGAAUGGCACACUCACCAAGAGUGGAAUUUUAUUCAGCACUAAAUUUUUACUUGCUAGUGGGCAAGUGAAAAUGUUGAGCCCUAGUAAAUGUACCACAUAACGUGAUUUAAAAUGCAAAAAGGAAUGUUGAUUUCUGAUUUAAAUUUCUACUAAAUUUUUAGGGUUCUAAUUAAUUUUAGCUAUAAUAGGAAGAAGUAUUCUUCCCUAUUUUAGUCGUGCCAUUAUUUCUUGUCCUUUAUUUUUUUAACUUUUUAAAAAAAAAUUUUUACUGCCCCCCCACGUCCCCCUAAUAUCCCUUUACUGAAUUGUAGUUGUGUUCAUUAUUAUUUAUAUAUUUUUAUUUAUUUUAGACAGAUGGAUUCCUUUUUGUUAGUAGGAAUGUAUUGGUUAUUGGGUCUCACAGUCACUUAAGUUUGUGGUUCUUAUCCAUAUGCUUUCCGCUAAUGACUGGCUUAUCAAUAUGCUCGUCCCAUUCCCAUAUAAAAAGCCAAAGUGUAUUGCUCUCGAUGAGUAAAAAUAAGAUCAUGCCUAUUUGACUGUUUAACUUGAAUAAUUGUAUGUGAGUAUUGUCUUCCUAGCCUAAAUGUCCCAGGUAGUUGUCACAGCAAUGUAAAAUACAACUAAAUCCCUGAUUAAAUGUGAAAAACUGGUAACCAAAAUAUUGAUUUUGUUAGAUAUAUUCUCAAAAAAUCCUAGGUCAUUAACGGGUAAAGGUAGGUGUGUGUGUGUGUGUGUGUGUGUAUAUAUAUGUAUGUAUGUGUGUGUGUGUGUGUGUGUAUGUGUAUAUAUAUAUAUAUAUUAUAGUGUAUGUAUACCUACCUUUACCCGUUAAGGACCUAGGAUUUUUUUGAGAUGCAACGCGUUUGUGACCAUGUCCUUUUUGGUGUUUUUGCCAUGCAUUCAUUCCACAACAAUUUACCCCUUUCUGUUCAAGUGCACCCUUACUUAUUAUAUAUUUUUUUUUUUUUUUAAAUGAAAGAUGGGGCUUUCUUUCUAUAUCCUAUAUGUAUACAUAAUGGUUUUUAUUUAUAUAUAUAUAUAUAUAUAUAUAUAUAUAUAUAAUUUUUGUUGUUGUUUUACCUGCAAUAAUUUCUACACACAAAGUGCAAGUAAAGUAACUCAAAAUAGAUCCACCAAUCAGUCCUGAUUGUUAAAAUGCCCAGUAUAUCUAAGAUUUCAAUACAUGUUUUUGCACUUUUAAAGCUAAAACUUUGCAUAAUUUGGCAAUCUGAGAUUACACAAAUAAAUAGUAGUCACAGAAUCCAAAACAGCUACAAAAAAGUAUUAUUUUUGUAAAAAGUACACCCACAGGCUGUGUAAUUUAGAACAUUUUGACACUUUUCAUUUAAUCAGUUUAUCACAAAACCGUGUGUGUAAACUUCUGUGUGUGUGUGUCUGUCUGUUUAGGUACCUGCCCCCCCUCCGAUCACAUGAUGUUUUUUUUUUUUUAACUCACCUUUUUUCCCCAAGCCUUGCAGGUUUUGCUGCGCCUUGUCCCACUUCCAUUGCCGAGUUCAUCAAUCUUUAUGAUAUCAGAUAAGCCAAAGCUUUCCUAUAGGAGAGCAUUGGGAGGAUAUUGCGCAUGUUCUGUAUGGUAACAUUCAGAGCGUCCAUGAAGAGCACUGACACAGGACUCUCUAGUGGCCAUCUGAGUGACUGCCACUAGAGGUCUUAGUAGGCAGCAAUGUAAACACUGCCUUUUCUCUGAAAAUGCAGAGUUUACAUUGAAAAGGCUACAGGGACAGGCUAUAGGCACUACAGCAUUAAGCUGUAGUGGUUCUGGUGACUGUGUCCCUUUUAAAAAAAAAAAACAAAACUAAAAAAACUGGCUCCUAACUUUUUUAGCUGGCUCCUAGAUUCCAAACAAAUUUGUCAAGCCCUGCUUUAAAUGGACAUAAGUCCCCAUAGGUUGUAAUGCAGUGUGAGCAGGGUUAAAUCCCUGCUUAUACCAAGGGAUCAUAGGUAUCAAUGGAAACCUAGGACUCCCCUCUAUCAUCUAAGGCCUUUUUUUUUUUUUGGUGGGCUGCAGAGGGACCGUUGAGAAGUAUGCAGCCCUCAAAGUAAGCUCUGCAUACUGUUCUUUAAAUUUAUUCACAAAAUGCAGACUCCACUGUCCUUAAAGGGUUAAGACUUGGUUAUUAUAGUAAACAGUAAAUUAUACUGUUGAUUUUAGUCUAUUGCUAAAUUCUUUAAUAAAUUGUCAAAUGGUACAAUAAAAUUCUGCACUCUCUUCUGUACCCUAGGGGUGAAGCCAAGGUCAACAGCUACAUUUCUGGUUAAUAUGUAAAAUGAUAGUCCACUUACAGGGACAGUAUAGGCACAGAACAACUUUAACUUAAUGGCUCAUAGCUCAAUUCACUGCAUUUAGGAGUUAAAUAAAUCACCUUUGUUUAUGCAGCCCUAGUCACACCUCCCUUCAUGUGACUUUUGCAGCUUUAUUAAAUACCUACUGUAAAGAGAGAUCUAAUGUUUAAACAUCCUUAUUUGCAGAGACUGUUAAUAGCCUUCUAGAUCCUGCAGGAGCCUCCUGUGUGUCACAAAAGUUCAAUUUACAGAGCAGGAGAUAAAACGUCUAUAGCAAAUUACCAUGAUUGAAAAUGAAACCUCUUUGUCAUGUAGGCGGUGUGAGUCACAGCCAGUAGAGGUGUGGCUAUGGUUGCAUAAACCGAAACAAGCAUGAUUUAACUCCUAUAUGGCAGAGGAUUGAGCAGUGGGACUGCAGGGGAUAAUGUAUACACUAAAACUGCCUCAUUAAGCUAAAGUUGGUUUGAUACUUAUAGUGUCCCUUUAAAAGGACACUAUUGUCACCAGAAACAAUACAAGCCGGUGAAAUACAAAUCCUAAGGCUGCCUGGCCUUGCAAACCUAUAAUUUUACUAUUCAAUACAGGCAAGUCAAACAGAACCACAACACCGACUGUUUAUCCCGCCAGUCAGAACUGGAACUCUAAUUGACCCCUGCUUCUCGGACAUCCCCAUGCCGACCUGUGGAGGUCUGGCAGGAUAUGCUGUACUAAGGAACUGGGGAGGAGCAAUGUAAUGAACUGUGUCCCCAAAAAUGCGCUCUCCUUGGUGCUACCCACGUGGAGACAUCCGCCAGGGAGAGGCGCAAGCCCUAGCUGACACUCUGCAAUUAGCAGGCGGCUUCACAACAGCAGAGUCCGUGCUGACCAAUGGGAGAAGCGCUACCAUUAAAAUUGGUUUUGCGCCCUUUCUCCCAGUUGGUCAGCAAAACACAUGCCCUCUCUGAAUGCUGAUUGGCCGCUACGUGUUCGCGUCCUUUCUCUGGAUUGGCCGCUGCUUUCACCGUCAUAAAAAGUGAUCUUGUGGAACUGUUUUCGAGUAUGUACAGAGCCGCAAGCCCAGAUUUUACACGAUGAUUUCUCAGGCUCUGUACAUCCGAUCACUUCGAAAUAUUCAGGGAGCAUAGCUUAGACCAGGAGGAUGUAGGGCAUGUGGGGAUGCAUUACGGUGUUCUGUGUAUUUUGUGGGGGGGUUUUUUUUGUGUGUGUCUGCUUCCUGUGCCUGGGAGAUACCAUUAUCCCCCAGAAACAGCCUCACCAGGACGGGCUUAUGUUUUACAUUACUGUGAAUGGAGACCCCCUGCGGGGGUCUUUGCAUAAAUACUGUGUAUUUGGCCUUCAAUAAACAGAUCCUGUUGUACCCUUCAUCAAGUCUAGGCUGAUGUUUGGGUAACCAAAAGCUCUAAUCACUGCUUCGCUUUGGAAAUGGGAGAAUCACAACGGAUAUGCUCAGAGUAUAUAUAUUAUAUUACUAUAUAUAUAUAUAUAUAUAUAUAUAUAUAUAUAUUAUAGUAUUUUAAAAACAUGUAUAAAUUUAUAUAGAUUAAUAUUAAAAAACACUUAAUAAUUUGUGUGUGUGUGUGAUAUAUAUGAGAUCUGAGUACUUUUAUCUACUUUAAAAAAUUUUUAUUUAAGUUUUACAAAGUUUGUAAAACUUUUCUGCAGGCAUUAGGGGGACAGCCUGAGAGCUCAGGCAGGCCCUAGCACAAGCCAUGUAUUCCGGCCAUGUGAUUGCGAAGACACUGCGACCACAUGACACGGGAGGGCCGGAUCGGGCAGUGGGCUCUGCCUGAGCUCCCAGCCAGAGCCCAGGAUCGCGAAUGCCGAUGUGAGAUUGCCAGCGAUCAGGUAAGUGGCGAUUUUCUAUCGGACGUACCAUAUAGGAAGAUAUAGAUCUAUUUGUGAAACAUUAUAAUGUGAUUGCAGGCAAUGUCAGAUUUGGUUGAUAUCUCAAAAUGGGGCUCAACAAAUCCCAGGUUGCCAUGGCGACUAUAAAUUUUGCCUUGGUGUCUGGGAUUUGAAGCCCUUAAGUUAUAGUAGAAUUUGGGAACAAUGGAGCCGGCCUGAGGAGCAUGGAGGCGGCUGCCCUGGGCUGCAUGGAGGCGGCAGCAAGGGAGGAUUAAUCUUCCUGCAGCUCCUCUCUGCUUCUUCGCGCUGUAUAGUGAAGCUGGGAAUAUGACGUCAUUCCAUCCCCAGCAUCUUUACAGGGAGCUGAGAGGAGCUGCAGGUAGAUCACUGCUUCGUGGCGAGCAGCCCCACUGGCCCCCAGGUAGGGAGGCUGGGUGGAUUAAAAUGAAAAAUGUCAGUGUGUGUAUUAGGGAUUGACUGAAUAUCGGUAUCUGCCGAUAAUGCAGACCACAGCCGCCAUCAGGGUCCUCGGGGACCCAGAACACUCUUGCUUACCUUCCCAGCAGCUCCCUUCUGCUCCCCUGUCUAAAUCUCACAAGUCCCACAGCAGUCAGAGUGCUGCCACAGGUUACUAUAGCAACGUGGCAUGCAGGCCGCAAGAGUUAGAAGGGGAGCUGAAGGGAGCUGCUGGGAAGGUUAAGUAAGCAUGUGCUUGGCCCCCAGGAAUGCCAUAUCUCCCCUGUCUGGCCAGGUAAAAAGCAGAAAGGGGGGACUAAAACAAAAUGUAAAAAUAAAAAUGCCCCCCCCCCCAUUUUACACACACUACAUACCUACAGAAAGACUCCCUGCAUAAACACACACACACUGCAUCCACUACACAGACACACACACUGCAUUCACUAAUCAAAUACUCUCAUUGCAUCCACUACACACACAUUCUUGAAAACAAAAAAUUCUGACUGGCAUUAUAUCCGUCUAAGGAUCCCUGAUACACACUGACACAGAGCAGAAUAGGGAAUGUUACCCCAACAUCGGGUCACUUGGCAGAUAUGGAUAUUGUGCAUUUACCUUUAAUAAAAAAAGAUUUGCAAAAAAAAUAAAAUAAACAUGUUAACAGUAGAUUUGUGUAGAAAUAGUUAUUUUUUUUUGUGCAGAAUAUCAGUAUCGGUAAGUUAUUGGCUAUCGGCCUGAAAGUUCACAGCAUAUCGGUGUCUGCUCUAAAAAAAUCAAUAUCGGUCAAUCCCUAGACUGUGUAUGUUAGUGUGUCAGAAUGUUUGUCUUUUUAUGUCUGUUUAGGUACCUGCACCCCUCCCAUCACGAGAGGUAUUUUUACUAGGGAUCGACCGAUAUUGAUUUUUUUAGAGCCGAUACCGAUAUUCUGUGAAUUUUCAGGCUGAUAGCUGAUAUAAUUUGCCGAUAUUCUGUACAUUUACCAUUUUGGAAAAUAAAAACUAUUUCUAAAGGUGAAUGCACAAAAUAUACAUGCCACGUGUAGUGGAUGCAGUGUGUUUAGACAGGGGAGCUAUGUGUGUUUGUGUGUUGUGGAUGUAGUGUGUAUUUGUCUAGUGUGUGUAGUGGAUGCAGUAUGUAUUGUGUAUAUAAUGAAAGCAGAUUGUUUGGGUAGUGUGCGUAAAGUGAAUGCUGUAUAUACUAAAUGCAAAGUGUGUGUGCGUAUAUAAUGAAUGCAGAGUGUGUGUGUGUAUUUGUGGAGUGUGUGUGUAGUGAAUGUAGUGUGUUUAUAUAAUGCAGUGUGUGUGUUUGUAUAGUGUGUAUAUAAUGCAGUGUGUUUGUGUAGUGUGCAUUAUAUAAACACACAACACAAACACAAUGCAUUAUAUACACUGUUUGCGUAGUGUAUGUGUAUAUAAUGGAGUGUGUGUAUAUAAUGCAGUGUUUGUAUAGUGUGUGUGUAUAUAAUGCAGUGUGUUUGUAUAGUGUGAGUGUGUAUAUAAUGCAGUGUGUGUGUAUAUAUAAUGCAGUGUGUUUGUAUAGUGUGUGUGUAUAUAAUGCAGUGUUUGUUGUGUGUGUGUGUGUAUAUAUAAUGCAGUGUUUGUAUAGUGUGUGUGUAUAUAAUGCAGUGUUUGUAUAGUGUGUGUGUAUAUAAUGCAGUGUUUGUAUAGUGUGUGUGUAUAAUGCAGUGUGUGUGUGUGUGUGUGUGUAUAUAUAUAUAUAUAUAUAUAUAUAUAUAUAAAAAAUACAGUGUGUAUAGUGUGUGUGUAUAUAUAAUGCAGUGUGUUUGUAUAGUGUGUGUAUAUAAUGCAGUGUGUUUGUAUAGUGUGUGUAUAUAAUGCAGUGUGUUUGUAUAGUGUGUGUGUAUAUAAUGCAGUGUGUUUGUAUAGUGUGUGUGUAUAUAAUGCAGUGUGUGUGUACAUAAUGCAGUGUGUGUGUGUAUAUAAUGCAGUCUGUUUGUAUAGUGUGUGUGUGUGUGUGUGUGUACAGCUGCCCUGCCCUGCCCUGCCCUAUAAAAAACACACACUAGUUCUGGGUUUGCUUUUCACAAGAAGCAUUGCCUGAUGUGAAUGAUGCCUCGCACAAGAGAGCUCUCAGAAGACCUACGAUUAAGAAUUGUUGACUUGCAUAAAGCUGGAAAGGGUUAUAAAAAUAUCUCCAAAAGCCUCCCUGUUCAUCAGUCCACGGUAAGACAAAUUGUCAAUAAAUGGAGAAAGUUCAGCACUGCUGCUACUCUCCCUAGGAGUGGUCGUCCUGUAAAGAUGACUGCAAGAGCACAGAGCAGAUUGCUCAAUGAGGUGAAGAAGAAUCCUAGAGUGUCAGCUAAAGACUCACAAAAGUCACUGGCAAAUGCUAACAUUCCUGUUAGCGAAUCUACAAUACGUAAAACACUAAACAAGAAUGGAUUUCAUGGGAGGAUACCACAGAGGAAGCCACUGCUGUCCAAACAAAACAUUGCUGCACGUUUACAGUUUGCACAAGAGCACCUGGAUGUUCCACAGCAGUACUGGCAAAAUAUUCUGUGGACAGAUGAAACCAAAGUGGAGUUGUUUGGAAGAAACACACAAAUUAAGAGGUUGGGACACUGAGGGGCUACCAGAGUCUCUUUUUGGCGUUUUAUUUAUUUAUUGCUGAGGCAAGCAAAGAAGAAUUAUAGGAUUCUCCUUAUCUUGUAAUAAAAUAGUUUUAUGAUAAAUGCCAAUUGAAAACUUUUUUUAAAACACAUAAACAUCUACAAGCAGCAGAAAUGCUGUUGGUGAUGCCCAGAGAUAGUAGUAGUCUAACUUGCUAGCAUGUUGGGUGUUUUUUUUAUUUUUAUUUUUUUUAAAUUCACUAUAGUGAAUUGAAAUGAAUUAGAAACGGGAGAGUAAUUUGGCUUACAAACGUGAGAUUUGUAAGCCAAAUUAGCUGGGUUUUUUUUGUUGUUUUUUUUUUUUUGAAAAUCACAUUUAUUCUAUUUUUUUAUUUUUUUUAUUUUUUUUAACCCUAUGCUUUUUAAGUCACCUUUAGGAAGUUAUGUACCUUUUUCUAAAACUUUUUUCUCUCAAUGAGCAACCAGUGAUAGACUGAGAUCGCCAGCUGACACUCUCAGCCUAUCUCUGCCGCUCAAAGGGAAAGGCUUCUGCUGGAGGAGUCAGAGGGGCACAGCCAGUGGGUGGACUAUGGGUAAAAUCAUUCAAAAACUAGUUAGCCACAUAUGGUAAGAUGGUGCCCAUGACCUCAGACACCAUAACAAAUCCAUAUGUGUAUAAGAUCAAAGAGUUACUCAAAGCCAGAUUGGGUGGUCACACUGGACAUACCCCAUUUGCAAUACCUAGGGUUGUCUGCUUUUGCAAAUGUUAUGCCAUCAUGGGGAUAAUUCUCAUUCCUGGGCUACCAUUUGGUCUCAAAGGCAACGUAACCAAUCUGGUGAAUUUCAAUGUGAAAAAAAACCUGAAAAACGUAACAUGCUAUAUGUGACCCUGUACAUAGUGGGUACUCCUUAACACGUGAGACAUCGCUGAAUAAAAAUGUGUAUUUUAUUGCAGUAAAAGCAAACAGUAUAAUGACAUUCACAGUUAAAAUGUCACGUAGAACUAAAAACAUUUAAAAAAUUUUUUAAAAAAAUCUUAUUUUCUCCCAUUUUUUAAAAAUAUUUUAUUCCCAUUAACUUGUUUCAUACCUAAAAUAUUUGAUGAUAAAUGAAAGCCCUGUUUCUCUGAAUUAAAUGAUAUAUAAUAAGUGUGGGUUACGCCUGAACAGACAUAUAGCGCAAAUUCAAGGUUUUGUUUAUGUUUUGAUCACAACGUGUACAUUUGGCUCAGUCCCUAAGGGGUUAAUCCUUGGUAUCUUUGAGUCUGUGUUUGCUGUAUACACAAUUUAGGAAAAGAUGCAAAGCCAGUGACCACUCAUGGACAGUUGACCUGACCACCAUAACCUUUUUUGUUUUUGCUUCCCAAGCACUACCAAGCCUCAAUAGCAAAUCAGUAACAAACCUCAUGCUGAUGAUUUGCAUUAACAAUGAAACAGCUGUCGAUGAGUGGUUCACUGGCUUUCCAUCUUUUCCUAAGUUGUUUUUCAAAGCUGUUGUAUACAGCAUACACAGACUCAAAGGAAUCCAUGUUUAAAAUGAAAUGAGGCAAAAAAAUUUAAACUAAUUGUGUAUGCCCACCCAGAAUCCUUUGUGGUAGUAACACCACUGCAAAUUUGUGAUUUCUGUGGGAGAAGCAAGUCUUAUGGCUUAACUGGUGUGCAGAUUUUUGUUUAACAUUGUAUUAAUUUUAUACUUUAAAGUUCUGAAAGUGACUGCUUUCUUUGUGUAAUUUCUGCCAGUUUUCACAGAACAUACUAUUUCAGAAGACUGUCAGAAUUAGUAUUGCAUAAAAAAAGGGAAGGUAAACAGAGUAGUUUUCUGUCGGGGUAGAAAAAGUGAAAAGAUUGAUAAAUCUGUUGCAUCUCCAAGAAAAAUAAAUGGCAUAUAUUCAAAAAUUGCAUUAAACACUAACCACCAAAACUGCUUCAUCUUAAUUUAAUGGUUUUGGUGCGUGCAUGUUGCCUCUUGACACUGACAAUUUAAAACAUUGCAAUUUCUUGAACAAGCUAUGUUUACUUUUUGCCAAAUGUAUUCACAUAUGGUGUAAUUACACACAGUAUUGACCGUGUAUUUUCAUUACUUAUAAGAAACUUUUCAUUAGACUGAAAUCGUCAGGAUUGAUGAUCUCGCAAAUCUUAUAUUUGUAACGGCUGUAUAAUAUUUCAUAUGUUGCUCAGCUAUGUCGUCCGAGUACAACAAUACCCCGUAUGUACCUUUGCCAGUUAUGUGUGGAUGUUGAAGGGGCACAUUUGAGACGCAGCCAUUCAGUUUUUUUUUCUAACUUAGAAGUUUUACACUGUGUCCAUGUUUCAUUUUGGAGUAGUUUAGCUGGUUGGUUAAUCAAACUUCCCCACAAACUCAUACUAUUUUAUAAAAAAAUACAUCCCGAGGUAAUUCAAAAGGCAUAUUUUGAACCUUAGAUAGGAUAUUUUUUUUCCCUAGUUUGUUCCAGGUGUAGUGGUAAUGAGCAUUUUUUUAUGUAUAUAUUUUUUUUAACCUUUUUAAACUCUAAGCUGUAAGCAGCACUAACAGUAAAUUCCCAAUUUUUCUCCCACACAUCCCAGCUAGUAAAAUAUAUAAUUUUAAAAUAUUUAAAUUUAAUUAAAUAAAUUGAACCCCUGAGGGUUAAAAAUAAAUAAAUACAAGUUAACACUCAGGGGUAUAAAAAAAAUUUUUUUUGAUCAAAAUACAGAUCCCAGUAUUAUACUAUGAUCACCUUAAGCAGUGAUCAACUGGCAGGGAAGAAGUUAUUUUUUAUUAGUACUGGGUAAAGUGGGGGGGGAGAGGGUGAUUUUUAUUUAUUUUUUUUAAAGUUAUUAAACCUUUUUUUUUAAACUUUAUAAAGCUUUUUUAAAAACUUUUUUUUUAACGUUAAUCCCUAGCUAGUCUAACACCAAAUCCCCCAAUUCUCCACUAACUUCCACCCAGCCUAGCUAGCAAAAUAUAUAAUUUUAAAAUAUUUAAAUUAAUAAAAUAAAUUGUAACCCCUGAGGGGGUAAAAAAAAAAAAAAAUCAGAUCACUGUAAAAUACCCUGAUAAGUAUUUUGAUCACUGUAGUCAGUGAUCAAAUGGCAGUGAAUGGGUUAAUUUUAAUAAAGCAGGGGAAAGGGGGUGGGAUUUAACUUAUACUUUAUUUUUUUACAGGGAGAAGAUCGGCAGCACUGAUCAGUCUCCCUGCUCUUCACACUGACCGUGGAAUUGCUGGGAGGUGGAUCAGGAGUCCCUGCAGCAUAUGAGACAGCGCGAUCAGGUGCAUUAACCCAGCGAUCGCCGCGACCGGGUCCAUCAUACGUCAUUAAGAGGUUAAAGGGAUACUUUAGUGCCAGGAAUACAAAGCUGUAUUUCUGGCACUAUUGCCCCCUGCCUCUCCACUCCCUUACGCCCCCCCCCACCCCCCACUUCCCAGUAAAUAAAGGGUUGGUAAUCCUUUAUUUACUUUUUCCCACAGCCGAUGUCCCUCGACGCUCCUCAUCCGCCCAACGACGAGCAGAGUCUUGUACACAUGCAAGGCAAACCAAUGCUUUUCUAUAAGAAAAAAUGACGCUGAUGGUCCACAUGCCGAGCUAAUGGACGUCCAGCGUUAGAUACUGGACCAAAGGUCCGUUUCAAACCACUAAGGGCAGACUUAGAGCUGCAAUGUAAACAUUGCAGUUUCCCUGGAACUGCAUUGUUUUACAUUGCUGCACUAAGUUCAAAAGGGACACUCCACCCAGACCACUUCAAUGAGCUAUAGUGGUCUGGGUGCCUACAGUGUCCCUUUAAACAGAACUGUGUGUAUAAUAUAUUGGAUGUCUUUACAGUGUUACUGAAUGUUAUUCAGGUGAAGGAUUAGAUGAAAGGACCUUGGGCACUUAGGCACUUUUUUUUUUUGCAGAUUGUGGUACCAGCCUACAAUGUCCUUUCAAAUCUAGUGAACUGUAGGAACAUGAAUUGCCAUGAUUUAAAUACAUCAAUGAAAAUGCUUGCUAAAAUUGUUAAACUUUUUACUUUAGUUGUUCCAAAUCUGCGCUCUUUCCCUAAAUAUUGUGUUUUAAUUCUAAAACUAUUAAUUGAUUUUAGUAAGUAACUCCUUGUACAUUGGCAUUCUACCUCAAAACAAAAUGCAUCCGUCAUGGUUGAUUAUAUGUUUCCUACCUGUUUUAUGUUACAUUUUGUAUUUAUUGUGUAUUAAUAUUGUUUUUGUAUUUUAUUGUACCCUAAUGUAACAAUGCAAUGAUUUGUGGACCCAGGACAUACUUGAAAACGAGAGAAAUCUCAAUGUAUCUUUCCUGGUAAAAUAUUUUAUAAAUAAAUGUCAAAAUACAGACUUAUUUAUAUUUUGAUUAGAACAAUAAUCAGAGCGUGUGAAUGCGCUGAACUUAAAGGACCACUAUAGUGCCAGAAUAUCAAACUCGCUUUCCUGGCACUAUAGUGCCCUGAGGGUGCCCCCACCCUCAUGGCCCCCGUCCCGCUGUGCUGAGGUUGGAGGAAGGGGUUAAACACCUUUCUCCAGCGCCGGGCUCCCUCUGUGCUGGGGACUCUCCUCUUCCUUACGAGGUAAUUGGCUGAAUGCGCGAUGCCGAUGCUUUCCUAUGGACGCUGGCGUCUUCUCACUGUGAAAAUCACAGUGAGAAGCGCGGAAGUGCCUCUUGCGGCUGUUAAUGAGACAGCCACUAGAAGUUGGAUUAACCCAUAUGUAAACAUAGCAGUUUCUCUGAAACUGCUAUGUUUACAGCAGGCAGGGUUAACCCCUAGAGGGACCUGGCACCCAGACCACUUCAUUGAGCUGAAGUGGUCUGGGUGCCUAUAGUGGUCCAAUAAGGAAACGGUCCAGCCAAAUACUUAUUUAUGAGAAACAUUUGAUUGGGCCACAGAAAGGGAGUGAGUGACAUCAGGACAGGGCGACUUUUAAUAGGGCACUUUAAAGAAAAUAUAAAAAAUAGUUGCAGUACAGUUGAUGUGCUGAUUGCAAAGCAAAUGUGUCCACACUUGAGCUGUAAAAUGCUCAUUGCUAGCAUAUCUGUGAUUAAGGUACUGAUUAUGUGUAUCAACUGCUUGGAACAAAUUGAAUUAAACUGGUUUUUGGUUUGUUUAAAUGACCUAAUAGAUCCUUACCAAAGUGUUUUGUUAAUGGAAGUCUUACAACCAUCAGUGAUAGCCAUGGUGCUAUCUUUUAUUGUUAAAUAUGGCUUUUUUUAUGCUGAUCCUAAGAAUUCAUUAAGCAAGUUGCUAUUUGAGCAAUAAACAUUACUUUUGCUGCGUAUUAGGUAAUCUCCUGAAGUAGAUAGCUGAAGGUAAAAAAAAAUUUGCCAGGAAAGAACAAGCAGAAAGUGAGCUUCUUGUUUUUUUUUUUUUUUUUUUUUUUUUAUAUGAACUUAUUUUUAUUUAUAAUAGUUUAUGAAGACUGCCCUCACCAAAAUCAAUAAAAAAAAGAAUCUAGGCGCUCUCUAUAAUUACUGUGGGUGGGAGCAGUAGAUCAAUAACCUUAUAAUAUACAUACUUUCUCAAUUUAAGUGAAUAAUGGUUAAGUUUUCAAAAAAACCUCAGAAUAAAAAUGAGACAAAUGAUAGUGUAAUAUGUCACAUCAAUUUUAGAUAUUGAAUAGAUGAUUUAGACAGAGAACUCACACUUUGAGCUACUCAGAGCUCUGCUGUAUAGUGCUAGGAUUGUACAAUCACGUCUCAGGAUAUGUGAAAAUCUGCUGCAGUAUUUCAAUAUUAAAAUAAAGCAAAAAAAACAAGAUUUUGAUGAUUUAGUAUGCAAGUAUAAAAGGUAUCCUACUUACAAACUAAAGAGCAAAGGCGUGGUAUCCUCACCUGUGAUAUGCGGGAACCAGGAACAGUCAGCAGCUAAAUAAUAAAAUAGGAGUUACACUAUUGUUAAGUCUACUUAAUUGAAAAGUAUAAAAUAUAUUCAGUCAAAAGUAAAAAGCACAAUAUCAAGUCAAUGGAGGGGGUCAUCAAUACCACAUGAAACCAAUGUUUCUCUCAGCAGGGCUUCCUCAGAAUUGUGAAUAUCCUUGAAAUGUCCCAGUGUGUAUAUAUUGGUGGAUAACACCUAAAUGAAAUCUGGUGUGCCUUGCUAAUUGGGGGCAGACUGGCUCAUUUCCUUCGAGUCACGUGGGGUCUCCCAGAAGUGAACGUGACUCCUAUCAACUUGUAUUCCGGGGAUUGUAGUUCGGUCUCCGUUUCCGUGUCACAUGACAUCUUGGAGGUUUGCGCUAACGUGGCUCAGUAUCAGGGCAGAUGAAGACAUGCAAGUCAUCUUCUGGUGACUUGCGUGUCUUUAACCACCCCUGUUGCUUCCAUGGUCAGACUGGGGUCUCCCAGGCUCCGCUUUGUGACCCUGGGAGAUCCAGCACAAGCAAAGUCUAGUGGUGCAGGGCUUAGCUCAUUGGUUAAGAGCACUCAGCUGAUUAGUAUUCUUUCAGUAUUGGGACCCUACACAAAAAGGACUAAGCUUAGUAAAGCUACUAGAAGCUCCGUGGGAGGAAUAGCCUUGCAAACUCCAGCUCUAAAACUGUUCCCAAACAGUUUCACUACUUAAUCUGAGCAGGCAUUGUUAACAAAGCUAGUGCAGUGUGCUAUAAAAAGAAAAAAGUGUUCCUGUAACCUUCUUUUUAUAUAUUUUCUCCCCGGAGUUGUGAUUAUUUUUUUUCUGUUCUAGCCUAUGGCUUUGUUUAUGUUGCACACAAGUUUUAAAUAAAAAUGUAUUAAAAAAAAUAAUUCAAUGCUCACAUUAGUCUGCAGGAGUCAGUAACAUACUGGUGGUCACUGCAGUCAUAACUGCAUUAUAUUAGUUGAAUGAUUGUAAGCUUCUGCACGUUACCCAGAGAUUUCUUUUGGUCACUCCUGUAUCAAUUGAUAAUGAUUUGAUACAAUCCCAUGUUAUAUAUACUCACCUGAAAAAUGUUUGUCGUCUAUAGUGCCCUACCUCCCUGCGUAAUCUUCUUUUUAAUCCCUCUUAAAUAAAAUUAUAUAGAAAUGUAUGAAUAGUUUUUGUAUGUUUAGUUGGGGUUUGUAAAUGCUGUUAUAACAGCCACUAUUUUAUAUGAAAAUUUCCAGAAAUGCCCACCCCUUUCCAUAGUAUUUUUUUUUUAGUCUAACCUUGAGAUAAUGGUUUGUUUUUCAUAAUAAACAUGUGAAACUUGAUGCUUUAAGGUAGAAAAAACAUUCCCUUACCACAUUUCCCAAGAGAUUUAAAAAAAAAAAAAAAAAUUUUUUUUAAUGGUACAGUGAGAGACUAAGCCUGGAUAACCUAUAAUUUGCUUGUUUGAUUAGGGCUUCCAUUGCAUAUGGGGAUUUUACGGGUCUUCAGUUGCACUUGUAUGUUUCAAAAGCUGCUCAAGGGAAAUAGUUUUCUACUUCCCAAACGAACCAUAUAUAUAUUUUUAAAACUAAUUAGAGCCUCUCUUAACUUGUUAGUUAAGAUUUGGCAAAUGUAAAUUUUACUAGUCGACCUGGCUUUACUUCUACUCCAGAUCCUUCUAUGAUUUACGUCCCUCUUGCAUGAACUACAUAGGUGUGCUAUUAGGUAAGGCAGUGCAAGUCAGCUGCUGUGCUCAGCCAGUGAAUACUGUCAAUAUAUGAAUGAUACAAAUGUUACGGAAUGUAUGCGUUUGCAAUCCAGGUGAAUGGAAAAUGGACUGUGACGGCCUGCCAGUUCUCUAUUUCCGCUCACACCGGUCAAAUGGUUUGACCAAGGACCUAAGGACAGCACUCAUCACCAUGAAAGCUAUGCUGCAUAUGCCAUUCCUUUUAAAGGAUAAACUAAUUCAACUAGCAUGUCAAGCCCUAAUGGACCUUAUAGACAUAUAAUCCCCAUACUUUCUAAUAUUUUGUUUUAUGUAGUUACUGUUUUUGUUUUAUGGUGACAGGUAUACAAAAAUUCAAAAACAGAUGUAAUACAAAUAAUAGCAGAGAAAAUAUUAAAUGCAGACACUACAGGUAACGGUAUAACCAAAUCAUUGGAUAUAAAGUUCAGGCCAAGUUUGUGUGCGGAAGAGUUCAUUCAACCCCUGUAGCUGUAUGGCCUAUAUCUGCCAUGCUUAUUUUCUAAUGAAGGUUAGGGGUAUCAAUAUGGUAAAGAAAAAGGUUAAAUAAAAGAAAUGUGGAAGAAGAGAUGAGUGUUUUAAUAGUGCUCAGUCAAGAUUAAUUUGUGUGUGUGUGUGUGUGUGUGUGUGUGUGGGUGGGUGGGCAUUGAGCAAAAUAUGCAUCUAACAGGACCAAGUUGCAAAUUAAUUCUUGGUGGAUUGAGUCCUGCUUCCUACCAUUAGAACGUCCAUACAGUUCCUCUUCAACCCUUCUAAGCCAGUGCUGUUCCUGUGGCCCACACUGCUAAAGCCAGUAGAGUGGUACUAAAUGUCUAACUGCAGGCAGAAAGAGUUUGGAGAGAUUUUAUUUAUUUAUUUAUUUAUUAUAGGAAGCCAGCUUUUUCUGGGGUGAACUCUGCUACUGUGGUGUUGAUAUCAAAAAUGGGCUUCCAGUAUGAAGAUUAGAUUCUGUUCUGAUAAAGGAAAAGGUGUUGUGACAGCUUUAUUGGAGGGGUCAUCUCAUAUCUAGAAUUUGAUAUUGUUAAGACAUUUGUACUAACUGUGAAAGAGUAAGAUUACAGUAUAUACUCAAGUAUAAGUCUAGUUUUUCAGCACAUUUUUUGUGCUUAAAAACCCCCACUCGACUUAUACUCGAGUCACUGUCUGUAUUAUGGCAACUUAGAGAGCCGCGGCCGUCAGAGCCAUGGCAACGAUCCGCGAGACUUACAGCGGAGCUGACCGUAACGGAGGAGAAGGGAGCUGACAGGAGCUGCAGGAAAGGCAAGUAAAUGCUUUCUGCCGGCCCCCCCACUUCACAGCCCAUGCCAUUGGACCACCAGGGAUUAAGAUAGCUCUCCUCCCUGACCAGUUAACAAGCAGGGAGGGGGGGACAAAAUAAAAUUAAAAUAAUAAAAAAAUAAUAUUAAAAUAAAAAUUAAAAUAAUAAAAAUGCCCUCCCCCCACCCAGUUCACACACACUACACAAACACACACUCUGCAUUAUAUACGCAGAGUGUGUGUUUGUAUGAGUGUGUGUUUGUAUGAGUGUGUGUUUGUAUGAGUGUGUGUUUGUAUAUAAUGCAGAGUUUGUGUAUAUAUAAUGUAGAGUGUAUGUUUGUAUGAGUGUGUGUGUAUAUAAUGCAGAGUGUGUGUUUGUAUGAGUAUGUGUGUAUAUAAUUAUAAAAAUCACAGAAUUUCAUAGCCCCAAGUUUUACCCUCGACUUAUCCACGAGGCAUAGCAUAUUUCACAAUUGUUGGUCACAAAACUGCACUCGACUUAUACAGGAGAUCGACUUAUACACGAGUAUAUACGGUAUUUGAUUUAUUGUUCAUAGUGUGUAAUUAUUACACACAAAGUAUUGAUGUUGCUAGGAUUUAUUUGUAUUAGAAUUUAUAUAUAUAAUAUAUAUAUAUAUAUAUAUAUAUAUAUAUAUGUAUAAUUUAUUUUUAAAUGCUGGUACACAACUGCAGGUUUUUAUAUUUUUAGACAUUGAUAGCCUAAUUCUGUUAAACUUAAUGGGAUUUCUUACUGUAAAUGUUAUGAUAAUUUGGAACAUAUUGGGUUGUAGGUAUGUUAGUCUUUUACAUAUGUAACAUUUUGUAAAAAUAGUUACGUUUUGAAAAAGUGCUGUUUGAAAUUGUAUUUAGUCAAAAUUUGGUUGUCUGUGUACCAUUUUGAGCAAGGACUUAUAUACUCCUACAUUAGUGUCUCACCCUCUGCUUUUUAACAGUAUUUGAAUACCUUAUUAAAUGGUUUGACACUAUGAUCAUUUAAUCUUGAGUGUUUUUGAGGAUAGGGCUGAGAGACAAGCCAUGAGGAGAAAACCUAUCACUUUCCAGGGAAUAUUAGACAUUUUAUUUUUAUUUUUUUAUAUUUUUUUUAAUUCUUACUAUCAAGUAUUCUCCAUAGAACGAGAAGCCUAUUAUCAUGUGUUAUUGACUGAAUUCUCAUUAGAAUGAAAUUUGAUCCAGAAUUUAUAAUUGGAUGAGACCUGCAAACUUCAUUAGUAAUAAGCACAUAUGUUUGAGCAUUCCAUAAGGGACCUAAUCUUGAACAUUGUUGUUUUUGACAUUUCUUGAAAGGUUAAUGGUGCAAAAAUAGAAAUUAUUUGGAAAAAAAACUCGCAAAGUAGAUAUAUAUUUGUCAUGAUUUCUGGACAGGAUUUAAACGGUCAUAAUAACGAAGUCACAAAGGUUGUGUUUUUUUUAUUUUUAUUUCUUGUAAAUAAAAUAAAAAGAUUUACUUGUAAUUUUAAAGGAGCACUAUAGUAUGCCAGGAAAACUCAUUUUUUGAAUGGACAUAGGAACCCCCUCCCUCCCCCCCCAACUGGUCUGAAGGAGAUAAAACCCCUUCAGCCACUUGCCUUUCUCCAGCGCCGAUCUCUCCUCCACCAUUCAAACAGCCCAUAGGAAAGCAUUACUCAAUAUUUUCCUAUGGACGUUGUGACGAAAUGCCUUUUGUCACUGGAUUUUUAGGUGACAAGUUGCCCUUUGCCCCUGGCUGUUGGAGGAACCUGAGUGCCAGCCUCCUGCCUCAUGACUACGGCCCUGGGUUGUAUGGCACUUUACAAACAUUAUUUGGGCCGAUGGAUUUAUAUUGUGCUGCUGCUGGACCUUUAAGAACUGCAUUGUGGUUUAUGGACUUGUAUUGGACCAUGCUGGCCCUUUAAGAACCGUCUGGGGAUAUAUUGAGACUUUGCGUGACUAUGUCCCCAGACCUUUCAAAUACUUUGUCUUUGGCUUUCUCCCAGUUGGUUCAGUACAUGGAGCUUACUGAACCAGGUACCACAGGCGGACCACCCAGAAGUGGAAGUGUGCAGGCAAUGUACCUCCCAGGCUGGGAGCCUGCUGUAGGUAAAUUGGCAAACGCUGGGGGGCCAGCAUUCAACAAACGAACACGUGGCAGCAGCUAUUUUUAAUUCAGCUGAAGUUUUACCUUCUCCAGACUUCAAUGCAUUCGACAGUCCAUUCGACAGUUUGACAAUUCGAAUGGUUGUCGUUCGUCUGUUGGAACUGACUUUAACAUGGGAAAUAGACCGACCGCACAGCCUGAUUCUCUGGAACAGUUUUGGGCAUGAAAAUGUGCUUGCGGUUGGUCAUAAAGGACUCCCAGCUAACUUUUUAUUUACUGGGGGGAUUUGUGUGAUUUUUGGUUAUGUUUGUGUUUAAAGUAUGCUGAUUCUGAAUAUGUAUGUUUUAUGUGAAUAUGAUGCAUAUUUUUAAAGUUACAGUAUAUGUGUAAAAAGUGUAUUUUUCCUGCCUUUGAUAAAUUACAUUAACCCAUUGUGUUCAGUAAUUAUAUCACAGGCAGAGGGGAGGGAUUGUAUGUUGGGGCUGGGUAUGUUUUACGGAUUGCCUGUAAAUGAUUGGUUGUACUGUGUCCCACCCUGUGGGAUGUCCCCUUGUAUGGGGACUUGCAUAAAAGCCAGUGUGUGGUCAUUAAAAGAUCAGAUCAUCUUGUACCUUCAUGAAGUUUCAGCUCAUGUUUGGGGGAUUGGAGAACUACACUCUGGGGAUUGUUAUAAUCCCUAUACUCCCCAGGGUAUGAUCACUAAGCUCUGCUAAGAGCUUGUUCCUGCUCUCUGGAAUUCGGAGAGAGGUCGACCUACUGGAAGCUGGACCCUGUUCUUGGGUCCAGAGUGGGUGGAGUCGGCGAGACCCCAACCAAGCUGCGGCGGUUCAUGGGGUCUGCAGUGGUUAUAUUGUCGGGCAGAGUGCUUGGAGUCCUCGGAAAGCACUAGGAGCAUCCGUUAGCGGAAGGUAUCCGGUCAGGGUGCCAGCGGUUCCGUUACAGACGUCCAGCGUCACAGUGAGAAUCGCAGAAGCGCCUCUAGCGGCUGUCAGUGAGACAGCCACUAGAGGCUGAAUUAACCCUCAGUGAAACAUAGCAGUUUUGAGCUGAAGUGGUCUGGGUGCCUAUAGUGGCCCUUUAACUAGUAAUGCAUGCAUGUAAGGCACCAGAAUGAAUUAUUAAAGACACACUGUAGACACCAAAACAACUUCAGCUUACUCAAGCAGUGCUGGAUUACAGACCAUGCCCCUGCGGUAUCAAUGUUUAAUUCACGGUUUACAGAGCCGUCCUAAACAUUUAAAUGAAAUGUCUUUUUUCCUGCUCUGUUGCCUGUUAGAACCUGCACGAGCUUUCGGUAUGUGAUUAAAGUUCAAUUUAAAGAGCAGGAGAUAAACACUAUUUAAGUUAAAAUCUGAUUGUAAAUGAAACUAUUUGUUUUCAUGCAAGAUCUUUGAGUUAAAGUCAGGGGAGGUGUGACUAGGUCUGCAUAGACAGAAACAAAAGUGAUAUAACUCCUAAAUGGCAGAGAAUUGAGCAAUGAGACUUCAGACACAUGAUCUAUACAUAUAAACUGCUUCAUUAACCUUCGGAUGUAUUGAUGCCCAUAUUGUGCCUUUUAAUAUCGUAAUCUUUAAUUUUUAGUAAUAAAAAGUAAUUUUUUUAAAUUUAUGUAUUUUGUAAGUGAAAACUUCAGAAACACAACCUUAAAAGAACAAUAUAGGGUCAGGAACACAAACCUGUAUUCUUGAGUGUAUAGUGUUAAAAACACUAUCUUGCCCUCCUAAAUAUAGUAAUAUUUUACCUUUAUUCCAAUCGGUUGGUGCUGGCUCUGCCUCUGAUCUGCUUCAUUGGCUGACCUCAUCAGAAGUGAUGAUCUCAGCCUAUCACAAUGCUUUCCCAUAGGAAAGCAUUGGAUUGGCUGAAAUUCUCUUCCAGGCAUAGGCAACAUUUGGCACUCCAGGUGUUUUGGACUACACUGUGAGGAUAUUUAUUUUUAUUAUAUCAAAUUGAUAUAUUGGCACUGUUUCCCCGAUUUAAUGAUUUAAAGUUGAGCAUCACCCACUAUUUUUAAUUCUCAUAGAUCCUGAAGUAUGUUUCAUUAGAGGAUUUUAUUUCACGCAUUAAUCACAAAUGAAUUAUAAAAAUAUAAUUUAUUGUGACAAUAAUAUGUAACAUGCGUGACAAUAAUCAGUGAAUAUUUAGGUAUAACAUAAGUAUACAAUAUGGCAGUGGUUUAACACAAUUUAUAGAUAGUUCAGUUUGGCAACAGUUAUAUCAACAUGUAUGCAGUCUUCAACAAGAUUUACAACCGGACACUUCACUUUGAAAUCAAUUUAACACAGAACACAGCAUCUCCUAGCAGCACAGCAUAAAGCAAUACAAACUUUGGCUGACAGUCAAAUCACACUGAAUUAACUAAUUCACUACUGUCUGCAAUUCUCAUAGUCAAGAUAUCCUUUUAUAUUGCAAUGACAAAUACAAUAUUUCUCAUACUAGAUCAUUGACCAUUCCUAUGUCCAUUCAAUAAGAAUAAUUCUAACCAGAUUUUACGUUUGCAGAAUUUUAACUUUCCUAAUUAAGAUUCACUUUUUCUAAAUUAUGUAAGCUAAUAUAUCUGGAUAAUUGCCUGGUAUUCUAUUUUUAAAGUUAAAAGUAAUAGAGAGUUCAUUGGUCCACCUGCAGGAAUGGAAUUACAAAUUCUAAACAUUUUUAACAAAUCAUGACUCAAUGUUGGAAUCACCAGCUUUUUAUCCAAGUAUAUUCUACCUUUUAGUAAAAUCAAUUAAUUAAAUUAAUUUAAUAGAACCAGUAUAAUUACCAGCUUUUGAUAAAAAUUCUUUUUUAGGCUUGGAGAUGUAUCCCAAAAUGGUGAAUGAAUGAGAAUUGUGGGAGAUAGGAAAGUUUUCAGAGUUCUGAAUUUUAAAGAAUUUAAAAGUUAAGUAUUAGUUGGAAAAGAUACAAAGAAUUAGGUGUGUCCAGUUUUGGCUCCAGAUGUCAGAUCUUAGGUGUGAGUGCAUCCCCAGCGACUGUCUUUCUUUCCUUUGUCCCUAAUUUUUUUAAAGGGGACGUUCUCUAUACGUCACUAGUUGAUAGUGACCAAUAGAGAAAUGUGGACUAUCAUCUAGAUUUUGGUCAGUAGAUGGUGCAAUUACAUCACAGAAAAUUCUUGUCAGGGAGUCCAUUUACCUUUUUGUAUAAUGGGUUAAAACGGCACUGUCAUGCCGAACUUACCUUUCAUCAAUCUCUUCCUCUUCUCCCCCUCUCUCAGGAUCUGUUCUUCUUUUCUUCCCUUCUUUAGUUUUCUUUAAAAUCAUAAGACAAAGUAGGGACUCUUUGCCUUAUGGAGGUUUCCUCCGCUUGACCAGCUCUGACCAGCGCAGGAGCAAAGUGUGCUUCAUUUCCGCUGGUCAGAGCAAUUUUCCCAUAAUUCUUGCCUUUCCUCAGUGUUCCCGCGAUGCUUCCUGUCAUUUUAGCCGAAACGGCCGAAUUGCGUUCUAACUGAAUGAGAACAGUAUGUUCGUUUCUUUUAGAACUCAAUUCGGCAUUUUGUUCGGAUCGCAAUUUCAUUUGAAUGAAUGAAACUCCGAUCCUAUUCUUGCUUUGGCUGCAUAGAUAACUCCCUAAUUCCCACGUUAUCAGGGAGAUAUCUACUAAAAGGCUGAAAGACCUAAAUUGGUCUUUCAGCCACAUUUACUAAUACUAAGUAAAAAUUACUUAGUAUUAGUAAAUGCUGCCCCUACUCGCUAUACCGCGAGUAGGGGCAUGUCUAUUAAACAGUGAGCAGCCUGUAAAAAAACAAAAACAAAAACUAUUGGCCCCCACCCCUAAACGAUGGGUGGGGGCCCUAAAGUAAAAUAAGGGGGGAGAAAUAUUGUCGCCCCCACCCCUGCGCAGUGGGUGGGGGUCAUAAUGAUAAUGAGGGGGGGACCUACUGUUUCCCACCCCUGGGCAGUGGGUGGGGGCCAUAAUGAUAAUGAGUGGGGGAACCUACUGUCCUUCCCCAAGCCCCUAGUCACCCACCCCCCACCCAAAUAAAAAGUCCCCUAUCUACCCCCCUCACCCUAAAAAAUAGUGAGGGGGAAUCAAAUUACUAACCUGUAAAGUACCAUUCGACAUCUUCUUUUUUCUAAAAUCUUCAUUUUUCAGCCCCAAAAAAGGCCAAAUAAAAUACCCUUCGAACCUAAAACAAAAUAAAAAUCCAGAGCACAAAAAAAAACACCUGAGCGCAAAAAAAAUAAUCCAGCCGCCCAGGGGUGGGGGGCCAGUAGGUCCCCCCAUUAUCUUUAUGGCCCCACCCUAGUGGUGGGGCGAGGGGCGGAGGGACAGUAGGUCGUCUUCCCCUUAUCAUUUGGACCCCACCAACCGCCCAGGGGCCUGGGGAACAGGUCCCCCACCCGCUCAUUAUCAUUAUGACAGUAGCCCCUGGAUUAUUUUUUUACAGUAAGCAGUAUAGCGAGUAGGGGCAUUGGGGAGAUUUUAAUCUCCCUUGUGCUAUUAUGGGGGUCAUAUUGACCCCAUAGAGUGAGGGGGGGGAAAUGGGGGGCUUAUGAAGUGGUGGGGAGCCCUGCCACUUCUAUCUUUACAUAUUACAAGGAGGGAGCAUCGUGCCGGUAGCUCCCUCCUUGUAAUAAACUGAACGAACAAACGAACACUGACACACAGUGUUAGUUUGUUCGUCUGAUUUUUCUAUUCAUUCAUUCGUCUGUCUGAUGAAUGAAUGAAUAGAUUAAAUUCCCGUUCGCAUGUCCAGGUGUUUCACUGGGCAUGUGCGGGAAUCUCACAGUCUGUCUAGUGUGGGCUGAUGACGUGUCCCUGAGGGACUUCAUCUACCUACACAAAGAUGGUGGCGCCCUGAAUAAAGAUCGGAGCAGAAAAUAAAGAUUAAAAAAUAGGUAAUGUGGGGGGGCUUAGGGACAUUUGGGAGUGACUCGGGUGUCAAUUAGAGAUAGUGGAAGCGGGAGGGGGGGGUUAAAAAAAAAAAAAAAAACAGGAUUCGGCAUGACCGUGCCGCUUUAACUGAAUUUUGUGAUGUGUUUGACAUCAUCUUGGUUAUCUUUUAUACCUAUUCGUCAAAGACAUGUCACUCUUCAAAGCAUUUUGGUUAAUUUCAGCCAGACUUGUAUCUGCAAUUUUCGCCAUUAAAUUAGAUUUCUGACACGUCCUAAACUCUUCUUCACCUCUCUAUACAAUGGAAGUUUGUAAUAUUCCGUUAGUUUUUAAAAAGUAAAUUUAAUUACUUAGUGUUAUCUGUCAUUGGUAAUCCUGUGUCUGGUUUUCUUGCGUGAAAUGUGUGUAGCACAUAGUAAAAUUACACAUAUUCCACCAACGUUAGUAAAUAUGAAAUUUCUUCAUUGAUAUUAUCCAUGAAUAUUCUAUAUUAUUAACUUAGUACUAUUUAUUUAUGAUUGAUAUAAUUAGUUGGUUAAAUGUGGAUAGUGUGUGCAAAUAUCCACAUAUCCAAACAUUUUAUCUUUGGGUUGUUGUAUUCAACCCCUCUUGCUGCAGACAUCAUAUCUUAUUUCUGCCAAUGUUUACAUUAGUCGCAUUCCUUGGCUCAUGCUUGAGUGACUAGAGUACAGAAGAGAGAGCAAAAAAAAAAUUGCUUUGCCAAUAUUAUGGGUAUAAGAGAAUUAUGGGGAUGUAAUCCACAACAUCUGGAGUGCCGAAAGUUGCCUCCCCCUGGAUUCUAAUGAUCUCAGCGAUGGAGAAGGACCAGAGGCGGAGCCAAAUAACACACUGACCAAUCAAUUGAUCAAUGCAUCUCUAUGAGGAAAGUUCAGUGUCUCCAUGCAAAGGGCGGAGACUCUGAAUGUCAGUGCUGCGUAGUGGGCAGCACUUCUGCAGAAAGCAAUGUCUUUCCCUGAAAAGACAGUGCUUACAGCAAAAGGCCUGCAGGGACUGACUAUGCUCACCAGAACAACUAAACUAACAACUAAACUAAGUUGUAGUUGUUCUGGUGGCUAUAGUGUCCCUUUAAAGGACCACUCGAGGCACCCAGACCACUUCAGCUUAAUGAAGUGGUCUGGGUGCCAGGUCCCUCUAGGAUUAACCCUUUUUUUUAUAAACAUGGUUUCAGAGAAACUGCUAUGUUUAUAAAUGGGUUAAUCCAGCCUCCAAAGCCUCUAGUGGCUGUCUCAUUGACAGCCGCUAGAGGCGCUUGCGUGCUUCUCACUGUGAAAAUCACAGUGAGAAGAAGCCAGCGUCCAUAGGAAAGCAUUAUAAAUGCUUUCCUAUGAGACCCGCUGAAUGCGCGCGCAGCUCCUGCCGCGCAUGCGCAUUCAUCCGAAGAAGAGGACAGGAGGAGGAGAGCUCCCCGCCCGGCGCUGGAAGUAAGGUAAGUUUAACCCCUUUCCUCUCUCCAGAGCCCGGCGGGUGGGGGCACCCUCAGGGCACUAUUGUGCCAGGAAAAUGAGUAUGUUUUCCUGGCACUAUAGUGGUCCUUUAAAGGAACAAUAUAGGCACACAGAUCACUUCCUCUCGUUUCACAUGACCUAACCCUGCAGGAUUUGCCCUAAGCAGAGUCUGGGUUCCAUACACCAUUGAAACGGCUACACCCAGAACUCGCAGCACCUAACACUGCAGGGUUUGCCCUAAGCAGAGGUAGCAUCUCUGGAUAAUCAUCGUGUGAAAACCUGUGCUUAUUUUUGUUUUAAAUUGUAUUCCUAUCUAUCUACAUACCUCACAGUAUUACUGCUUAGCUGAUGACUAUUGCACCCUCCAUCCUUUACUCUUGUUUAGUUAAACAUUAGUUAGUUCCUGCACUCUAAACCUUGUUAAUUCAUGAUGUUUCCUAUUUAUGACUUUUACCUAUCUGAUCUCUGCCAUUCCCUCAUAUAUUUAAAUUCCCUUUCAUCUGAUUUUUCCUUGAUUUUGUUUUUAACACCUCAAUGCUUCCCCACCCACAAUCUGUCUUAUCUAACCCUAGAUUCUCUCUUAUAGCCUAGGUCCCAUAAACCAUUGAAACCGCUACACCCAGAACUCACAGCACCUAACCAUGCAGGAUUUCAUUUUCCACCCUCCCCAUGGUACGCAUUACAUUUAUAGAUCGCUUAAAUUACAUGGAUUUCCUGACAAACCAAUCAUGUCCACCAAGCCCUCCACACCUAAAAUAGCUUAAUUCACACAAUGAAUACCUUUUUAACCCUUAACCCUCACAACCUCACCUACAAUCUUUACAGCUCAAUUCUCCAUAUUCUAAAAUAUCUCUCACUUCCCUUAUUAUUAAAAUCUCUCUAUCCUUUUACUUACACCAUCUUCGUUGCUCCUUCUCUACUUCCCUCAUUUCUGUAUUCAUCCUAUGCACUUUACUCAUAUUUAUCCAGCCUUAAUCCGCAAACCCCUCCUAAAUCCCCUAAAUACAAACGCUCAUCCCAAACAUUUACAUCUUACUCCCACCUUCUCUUACUUUCCAUCCUACUGCUCCUGGCAGCUGGUGAUGUCUCUCCAAACCCUGGUCCUUCCUCUAUUAAGCCACCUGGUGCUAACACCAGAAACCACAACAAUCUCCUAUCCAUUCCAUGUAACUCACUAUAAUUCCUCUUUUAAAGCUGCUCUCUGGAAUGCACACUCUGUGUGCAGCACUGUUAAAUCAACUUCCAUCUAUGACCUAUUUUUCUCACACUCCCUAAACCUACUUGCACUAACGGAAAUAUGGUUCUCUCCCUCUGAUACAGCUACCCCUGCCUCAUUAUCCUUUGGUGGUCUUCACUUUACCCACAACCCAAGACAAGCUGAGAGUAAAGGUGGCGGUGUAGGUUUUCUGCUUUCAUCCCACUGCUCACCCCCUUCCCUCUCUUUUCUAUAAUUUUGAAAUUCAUUCAAUUUGCCUUUUCAGACCCUUCUCUGCUAACAUUGCAAUUAUUUAUCGUUCCCCUCUCCUCUUCCUUGAACACUUUGGGCGGUCGAUCCCUAUCACCCAUCAACCUUAGCCUAAUCCCCCUCAACUCGGGAGGAACCUUACUUCUAUUGACCUCCAGCAGUUGUCAGCUGAUAUUGAUUCACAACUGCUAUCCAUCCCUUCCCUCUCCUGGCCCUCACUGGCCAUCUCCACAUAUAAUACUACUCUCACCUCUGCCUUGAACGCUGCAGCCCCACUCGCACACUAUCCGCACACUACACAAACACUCUGCUUUCAUUAUAUACACACUAAUACACACUGCAUCCACUACACACACUAGACAAAUACACACUGCAUCCACUACACACAUUGCAUCCACAACACACAUACUACACAAACACACACUGCAUCCACUACACACACACACUACACAAACAAAAACUGCAUCCACAACACACACUACACAAACACACACUGCAUCUUCAACACACACACUGCAUCCACAACACACACUACACACACACACACUGCAUCCACAACACACACUACACACACUGCAUCCACAACACACACACUACACAAACACACACUGCAUCCACUACACACACACUACACAAACACACACUGCACCCUCAACACACACACUGCAUCCACAACACACACACUACACAAACACACACAGCUCCCCUGUCUAAACACACUGCAUCCACUGCACGUGGCAUGUGUAUUUUGUGCAUUUACCUUUAGAAAUUGUUUUUAUUUUCCAAAAUGAUAAAUGUACAGAAUAUCGGCUAUCGGCCUGAAAGUUCAGAGUAUCGGUAUCGGUCGAUCCCUAUCACCCACCAACCUUAGCCUAAUCCCCCUCAACUCGGGAGGAACCUUACUUCUAUUGACCUCCAGCAGUUGUCAGCUGAUAUUGAUUCACAACUGCUAUCCAUCCCUUCCCUCUCCUGGCCCUCACUGGCCAUCUCCACAUAUAAUACUACUCUCACCUCUGCCUUGAACGCUGCAGCCCCACUCAGAACAUGCACCUCAAGGAGGGCACCCCCCCCCCCCCCACUGUCCCUGCUGACCUUAAACAUGCCACUGUAGUAUCUAUCCUGAAAAAAACAUCUCUUGACCCCUCCUCCCCCUCUAACAAUCGUCCCAUAUUCCUUCCCCCUUUUUCCUCAAAGCUUCUGGAAAGAUUUGUCUUUACCCGUGUGUCUUGGUUCCUCAAUUUCAACUCUCUCCUUGACCCUCUUCAGUCUGGCUUCCGCCCUCUCCAUUCUACUGAGACUUCUCUUAUCAAAGUUACGAACGACCUAAUCACAGCUAAAUCCAAAGGCCACUACGACAUACUAAUUCUUCUUGACCUCUCUGCUGCCUUUGACACAGUUGAUCAUGCUCUCCUUCUUCAAACUCUUCAAUCUUUAGGUCUCUGUGACUCUGUCCUCUCAUGGUUUUCAUCUUAUCUCUCCUAACACUCAUUCAGUAUCUCCCUUUCUAAUGAUACCUCCUCCCCUCGUCCUGUCUCGGUUAGAGUCCCCCAAGGCCCUGUCCUUGGUCCCCUUCUAUUUUCUCUUUAUAUUGCCUCUCUUGGCAAAUGUAUUACCUCAUUUGGAUUCCACUACCACCUGUACACUGAUGACACAGAGAUACCUGUCUCUUUCUCUCUCCUAAAGGGCAGCACUCUACUCUCUCCUCCAGCUCUGCUUCACUCCCACCUAUUUGAUUGAUAUUUCCUGUCCUAAUAUGUUUUAUACCCCACCUCCUAUAGACUGUAAACUCAUUUGAGCAGGGUCCUCUUCAACCUAUUGUUCCUGUAAGGUUUCUUGUAAUUGUCCUAUUUAUAGUUAAAUCCCCUCUCUCAUAAUACUGUAAAGUGCUAUGGAAUCUGUUGGUGCUAUAUAUAUAGCAAUAAUAAUAAUAAUUGUGUAAGAACAUUGAACAUCCUCUAAUGUUUAUCAUACAGAAGCAUUGAAUUCAAUGCUUGCCUAUGAAAAACAUUUGAUUGGCUGUCGUGGUGUGGGGUGUCAUGGUGGGGGGGUGGGUGGGGUUUAGGUGACCAGACCCCUUCCGUUCGCAAGGGAAAGGUGUAUAUACUCACCUUUUUUCCCAUGCUUUACUGGUCUCCUCUUGACUGGCCCUUCUUCUAUGGCUGAGAUUAUCAAGCUUGAUGAUCUCAGCCAGUCCAAUGUUUUGCUGCUGCACCAAUCAGCAUCUCCUCCUAGAGAUGCAUUGAAUCAAUGCAUCUCUAUGGGGAACGUUCAGCGAGGACUGGGUUGGGAACCCAUGGUGUAUUUAGAAAAUGGUCUGUUGAAACAUCAGAUAUAACCCAUUUAGCAAUUCUGUAAUAUGCAAACUAGAUUAAAACUUUAUCCACCAUUUACAAUUGCUCUACUUACUUCUAAUUAAUAAAAAUUAUACAAUAUACUUUUUUUCUUGCCUGUGCAUAAAAUAAGUGCUGUUUUGUUUUGUUUUUUUCCAUGUGAAUUUCAUUAUUCCUAUGUAAUGCUAAUUUUUGUUACAAAUGAAAGCUAUUGGAUUUCCAUAUAUUAACUUAUUAAAACAAAGCUAAACAUAGAUCAUAAUUCACAAUGUGUAUAAUAUUACUGAUUUACCUUCAUGUUAACAAAUUUUAUGUUUUGUUUUUUCCAGAUCAUAGUAGCAAAGGGUGGAAUUACGUAGAACUUGACUGGUUCGGUGGCUGAAAAGCAGUCAGUUUCUUUUUAUAAACUGGCAAAACUACAGCAACAUUGGAGAGAAUAGGAUUUUCGCCCUAGUUCGGCAGCUUUGCUGCCCAUUACAUACAGAUGAAUGAAGACCCCAUUUGGAAAGGCCGCAGCUCAGCGAUCCAGAGCUGAUGCAGGUAUCUUGAAUUUAUUUAUAUAGGCAAAAAUGUGGUUCUUUGUUAUGCUCAUUUGCAUAUGCCUACCCAGAAUCCAUUGCAGUAGUGAGAGCACUGUUGAAAUGAGAUUUGUGGGAAAUGCAAGUCUCAAGGCUUUACUGGUGUGUGUAUUUGUGUUUAGCAAUGUAUUAACUAUAUAAAUAUUUUGCAGUCAUGCACAUAUUUUAUUUCCUUUAAUAAUUAAAUGGUCACUCACAACUUUUUCUGCAUUAAUGUAGUUACUCUCCCUCCCCACCCAGCAACAAAAACUCAGAAACUUAUGAGUAGGGCCAUUCCCUCUUUAAUUCACAUGACAAACGUUCAGACAUAUGGCACUAUAGAUUCCUACAGUGCUCCCCUCCCUCGGCACUGAAGGUGUUGAAAUCCCCUUAGGCACUUUCCUGAAUCCAGCGCUGAUGUCCCUUGGUGAUAGGUCGGGCUCUGCCAACACUCCUUUCUCACCGGUGGGGGAGACCUAAACCUCAUGCACAGCAAGCUUAAAACGCAUGCAAAGCAUGCGCCACGUUCGCAUUAGGAUUCCCUAUAGGAAAGCCUGGUUUCAAUGCUUUCCUAUGAGGAUUUGAUUGACACUAGAUGUCCUCAUGCAGAGCGGGAGGAUGUCCAGUGUCAGGUGACUUUUGGUCCCCUAACCACCCGGAAGUCCCUCUAGUGGCUGUCUGGUAGACAGCCACUAGAGGUGGUGUUAACCCUGAGAGGUAAUUAUUGCAGUUUCUCAGAAGCUGAGAACAGAAAUAAUUACCAUUGCAGGGUUGAGGGGACUGUGACAUUGCACCCAGACCACUCUUAUGAAAUUAAGUGGUAUGGGUGCCCAUAGUGUCUCUUUAACUGUACCUUUGUCCUUCUUCUCCCCCCAAUGUAAACCCACCCCCCUGGUGACUAGAGGUCCUCAAGUCCCUAGUCACCCCCCCGCACCCCAAAAAAAAUUGAAUGCGGUUUGAUUUAGAGCACUUUGGUUGGGUUGAAAUCCAACCAAUCAGAGUGCUCUCUGUCAUUUUACACAGCGUGGGAAAGUCCUUUUGAAUUUAUCAUGCUGUGUAAUUUGACUCAUAACACUGUGAUUGGUUGCUUUUCAAUUUGAAAAGAUUUACCUGUCAGAGCACUCUGGGUUGGAAUCAACCAAUCAGAGUGCUCCAAGUCAAAUUGCAGGGCAUGGGAAGGCUUUAUAAGCCUUUCCCCGCCCUGCAGAGCUCAGUCUGUGCAGUGCCCUUGCUGGGUUAAGACAAAUUACCCUUUUAGCAUCUUUUUUUGUUGUUGUUGGUUUUUUUAACAGUUGCGACAGGUAUUAUGGAUUUUUAUUUGGCCCUUUUGGUUCUGAAAAUAGAAGGCAUCAAAUGGAAAGUUUAUUUUUUAUUUACAGGUAUUUAGUUUUCUUGUUCCUUCCCUCCCCCCCCAGCCCCCAUCCCCCUUCACUAUUUUUUGGGUGAGGGGGUAGGUAGGUCUUUAUUAAAAAAUUUUUUUGAAAGGGGAGUGACUAGGAGCUUGGGGACCCCUAGUCACCCACCCAUCCCCCUUUCAGUUUAAAAGCUCCCAUUCGUGCAGCACGGGUGGGGGCUCAGAAGGUGGAAACUAGGGGGCUUUUUUAAACAGUGAGCAGCCACAUGCCCCUACUCGCGGUAUAGUAGUAGGGGCAUGUCUGCUAGUAUUAGUAAAUUUGUAAUUUAGUAAAUUUUGGCUGAAAGACCAAUUUAAGUAUUUCAGCCUGUUGGUAGGGAGCUAUCUACUAAACUGCUGUAAAUUGCAGCCGCGGCACAAAUAGCUCGCAAUUUCAUUCAUACGAAUAAAAUUCCAAUCCGAACAAAGUCCCGAAUUGCAUCCUAACACGAAUGGACAAACUGUUCUCAUUCUGUUAGAACGCUGGCGAAACUUCCGAAUUUCAUCCUGUCUAAAAUGACAGGACGUUCGGGGAUACUGACUGGAAGCAUCGCAAGAUCAUGGAGGAAAGGUAAGAAUUGUGGGAAAAUUUCUCUGACCACAGGAAAAUGGAGCACACUUUUCUCCUCCUCUGGUAAGACUUAGGAAACCUCCAUAAGACAAAUAGUCCCUACUUUGUCUUAUGUUUUAACCCCUUAAAGACCGGACUGUUUUUGCGAUGUUGUACAUUUGCGACCAGGCCUCUUUUUACACUUUUGUGGUGUUUGUGUUUAGCUGUAAUUUUCCACUCUCUCAUUUACUGUUCCCAUACAAAUUAUAUGUAUGUUUUUUUUCAGGACAAAAAGGGCAUUUUUUUUACUUUUACUUGAAAAAUCUUCCUCAUCUACAAAAGCUAAUGAUAAAAACUGCUAAAUAGAUUCAAAAUGUUGUCCUGAGUUUAGAAAUACCCAGUGUUUACAUGUUUUUUGUUGUUUUUUUUUUUUUUUUUUGCAAGUUAUAGGGCUUUAGGUACAAGUUGGCUAUUGCGGUUUCAAAACAUAUGUUUUUAAAAUUUAUCAAUAGUGACGUAACACUAUUAUCUGUCAUAAAUCUCUGAAUAACACCCCACAUGUACAUAUUUUUUUUAUUUCCAGUCUUUUUUAGUAGCCACUUAGUCACAAACACUGGCCAAAGUUAGCGUUCAUAUUUGUGUGUGAAAAAAGUAAAAAAACGAAAUUGAAUGCUAAUUUUGGCCAGUGUUUGUGACUAAGUGGCUACUAAAAAAGACUGGACAUACCCCAUUUGCAAUACAUUGGGUUGUCUUCUUUUGCAAAUGGUAUGCCAUCAUGGGGGUAAUUUUCAUUCAUGGGCUACCAUACGCUCUCAAAGGCAACAUAACCAACCUGGCAAUUUGCAAUGUAAAAAUAUUUGACCCUGUAACUUUCAAAAAUGCUAUAAAACCUGUACCAGGGGGGUACUGUUAUACUCGGGAGACUUUGCUGAACACAAAUAUUAGUGUUUUAAAACAGGAAAACGUAUCACAACAAUUAUAUCAUCAGUAAAAGUGCUGUUUGUGUGUGAAAAAUUAAAAAAAGUAACUUUCACUGACAAUAUCAUCGCUGUGAUAAGUUUGAAUGUUUUGAAUCACUAAUUGUUGUGUUCAGCGAAGUCUCCCGAGUAAAACAGUACCCCCAUGUACAGGUUUUAGGGUGUUAUAGAAAGUUACAGGGUAAAAUACAGUGCUAGCAAAUUAAAUUCUCUGGGCUUUCGGCCUGGGUUGUCAGACAAGUCCCUCAAAUUGCAAUCAAUAAAAUUACUUAAUUCUGUAAAAAUAUUACAUAAAUACACACGUAGAAUUUAAAUAUAUAGUCCCCCUGCAGGCAGACACUUGGACACCUAUUGUGACCAUGUGAUCACUCUGUUGAGCGAUCACAUGGCCCCAGGGGUUCUAGUCCGCCAUGGGGAGACUGCCUGGGCUGCAGGCAGUCUCCCCACACCGGGAGCAACGCUGAUUGCCGCCGGGGGAACGACAGCGAUCGUGUAGGUAUAUCUGACCGUUGUGAUGGUUCAGGACCACCAGCGGUCGGCAACGCAAAAAUGCCGAUGGCGGUCCUGAACCAUCACCAUUAAAACCAUUAAAAAACAGAUCCCGAGAGAGAAGAGGAAUCGAUUGGGGAAAGAUAAGUUCUGCAUGACAGUGCUGCUUUUAAAACGCUAUUGUAUCCUAGAUACACAAAGUCAGAGCUUUGUAUACGUAAUGUUCAACCUUAAGUUUUAGUCCAAACAAAGAUUAAGAUGUCUAGGUCAUGACAAUAGACUGAUUAAGAUGAUUUUCUUUAAUUUUACAUGUGAUAUGAACAAAAUCAAGGCUAUGUCAUUUAAUAGCCAUGACCUUGUCUCCUUGGCAAGUUAAGGUAGAUUAGGCUUGUUUUUCUAUUUUCUUAACAUGACCUAAUUGAAAAUCAAGGGUAUAAAUAUGUUUACUUAUUAAUAUUAAGAGGGGAGAAUUUGGAAGCAGAGAUGCUGCUGCAUUUUUACAAUACUUAGAGGUUGUUUUGUAUGAGCAAGAGGGUAUGCUAUUCUAUGUUCUUUAUUUUGCAAUCAUGUACUUUAAUCUUAUAAACUCUGCUGUAUAUUAUUAUAAUGGAUUGAGUUUUUAUAGUUCUAUAUUUAUAUUCAAUAAAAUGUUUUAAAAGACAAAAUGUUAUUGCUUCCAAAACAGUCCCUAUUUUUUUUUUUUUAUUGUAUUCUCAAUUAUUUGUAUAUAGUGAUGUCCCGAACAGUUCGCUGAACGGUUCGCCGCGUACUCAUCAUUGAGUAAACUUUGACCCUGUACCUCACAGUCAGCAGACACAUUCCAGCCAAUCAGCAGCAGACCCUCCCACCUCCUGGACAGCAUCCAUUUUACAUUCAUUGGGAAGCUGCAUUCUUAGUGAGCUGUCUGGGAGGGAGGGUCUGCUGCUGAUUGGCUGGAAUGUGUCUGCUGACUGUGAGGUACAGGGUCAAAGUUUACUCAAUGAUGAGUCCGCGACGAACCGUUAGGGACAUCACUACUUAUAUAUUUUAAAUAGAGAAACUUUUCUCAACUAUCUAACAUUAUGGCUAAAUAUAUCUGUAUAGUCAGCCCUGCUAAACUCUUUGGUUUAAGACUUGUGCUAAAUAGGGUUGUGAUGGGAUUUCAGCUAGGCCCAAAAUUUGGUAUGCCUAAAAUCUCCAUGUGGCAUAUACAAGUACAGGUAUCUAUUAGGAGAGCAAAAAAAAAAAAAACAGGGCGCAAGAGAAUACUGAGAAUGGGCAGCAGCUGAAAUAGCCUUCCCUUCGGUGGGUCCCCGCUCAGAACUCAAGCUGGUUUUAGCUCAUCUUGUGCCAUUACAGAGAGAACAUAUCUGAAACAUAUCAGACUGGUCCCAUCCAUACGGGCAGUCCAGAUCGGAAAUGCCAGCAAGUUCCCCUUGCACGAGAGACUCAGCAGCAACCCCAGACGAUCGUUUCAGCCUUGUUAGGCAUCAUCAGUGAGGCAUAGCUGAUAUCUCUCUAGGCACCAUGAGCAAGGGGUCCACAUCUGGAUUACCCUUUAAACUUGUGGAGAGCAAAAAAAACAAGGCGCAAGAGAAUACUGAGAACUGAAAUAGCCUGCCAUUCGGUGCUGGCAUUUCGGAUCUGGACUGCCCAUAUGGGUGGGACCAGUCUGAUAUGUUUCAGAAAUGUUCUCUCUGUAAUGGCACAAGAUGAGCAAAAACCAGCUUGAGAACUGAGCGGGGACCCACCGAAGGGCAGGCUAUUUCAGCUGCUGCCCGUUCUCAGUAUUCUCUUGCAACCCAUUUUUUUGCUCUCUACAGGUAUCUGUAGCUAAGAUACUGUCAUCAAUGUACUGAGCAUAUGCUGGAUUUGAAUAACCACAUUCCAUUCUCAUAGUGCCAUACUGCCUAUGCAUAUAAGGUAAUGCUGUAAAUACUGUUUGCUGAUUGGUGUAAGGGUGCAGAAGGGGGAUAUAUAGUCUAUAAAAAGCCUGUGCUCAGGGUUCAGACAUUUUGGAACAUGAGUUCAGCUGAAACCCGAUCGGUGAGAAUAAAGACAAUUGCUUCCUGAACUGACCUGUUUCUGGACUUCCUGUGCGUGGCUUCUUCAGAAUUCUCAUAUAACAGGAGAACCAGUGGUUACAAAUUUCCACAAGAGAAAAUAAAAUGGGUGUGUGCUGUUUCAUUAUCUUUUCCUGCUACCUACACCAAUCAAACUAACACUUAGUUAAGCUUGCAAUCAGAGUAAACCCUGCCAAAAUUGCAGUGAGAUGUAUUGGCAAAUGUAAAUAAGAAGCCUGGUACCUUAACACCUUCCUCUAUAUCCCUGUUGUCUGCAUACUUAUCCUUUUUCUGUUGUUAAUUUGGUUGCCAAGCAACAUCAUUAUGACAUCACAGUAAAGUUCUCACUGUAUGUAGUAUUUAGAUUAAAGCAAUGAUUUUUUUUUUUUUUUAUGAUGAACUGUUUAGGCUGUGCUUAUUUUAGUUAGCGAUCACUGUAUUGCUCAGUUUUGCUUUUCAGUGGCACUUUAACAGUAACCAUUCCAUGAACUAUAGGUUGCAACAGUGUUUCUCCAUAAUCGCAUAAAUCUGUGGGUUUGUUAUUUAGGCUUGUGUCAUCUAGAUUUUCUGUCAUUAUUAUUAUUAUUAUGUUAUUUAUAUAGCGCCAACAAAUUCCACAGCGCUUUACUCUUUAACCGGAUUGUCUGUUGGGAAAGUACAAUCCGAAAAAACUAACUUUAGUCAUAUAGGUAACAUCCUUUCAGUGGUAUAAACUGCCAGUCUGUGUUGCAUUAGAAACAUGCGUUCCUUACACUCUAGUUUGAAAACCACCGUUUAGGUGGUCUGCCCCCCUUACCUGGGGUUAGAAAGGGGAUUUAAUCUCCUUUUCAGCGCUGUGCAGGGCUCCUCCAAUCCGCCUCCUUGUCCGAGAUCAUCAGAAUUGAUGAUCUCAGCCAAUCACAAUGCUUUCCCAUAGCCAAGCUCAUCCCUGGCCAAUCAGCGUGGGAAAGUAAAGCGUCUCAAUGCAGACCAUGGAAACACUGAACAUCAGUGCUGCACAUAGUGCAGCACAACCACAGGAAGCACCUCUAGUGACCGUCUGAGGAGUGGCCACUAGAGGUGUUCCUAGGCUCUAAUGUAAACAUUGUGACCCAAUGCAAUUUGUUAUCUGUGUUUCUGUAUGUCAUUUAUUUCUGUAUUUUUGUACCCAGCACUGUGAAUCCUUUUUGUCAGAUAAAAUGUUUACUUAAUCAGCUUGUGUCUUUGUUCUCUAUGAGCUCACUCUUCGGAGGAAAGCUCAGGUAAACACGUUACCUAAAGGGUUGAUUAUAUAUGUCUGAUCAGUAAAGUAAGGUUGUGAUCCUAUAAUUCUACUGUGUGUGGGGUAACCUAAGACGCCCGGAUAUAAAGUCUCGGUGGUGGCAGUAAAGUGUGUACUAGGGUAUUAGUGUGGAAGGGAUUGCAGGGGUUAAUUUAGUGGUUGGCUGGGACUAGCAACAGGUAACCAGGGGUCUGGUGUCAUUAACCCUUUCACUUCCACACACUCUCCCAGCUGUCUCGGCUUGGCCAAUAGGUGACAAUAUACACUUACCCCUCAAAGUGAAAUGGGGUGAACAUAUGUACAAUUAAAAAAUUGAAAACCAACAAUAGUGUAAAUAUUUUGUAAUAAUUUGGAAUCCCACAAUGUGGGUGAAUUAAAAAAAUAAAAAUAAAUUGAUGAUGUAGGUAUGGGUUUAAAAUUGUUGCACUUAAAGGCUAAGGUGGCAAUCAGAAACUUCUUGAGUAGAUUUUCAGUAUUUCUCCCAAUGGCACGUAUGAAUAGAAGCACAAGAAGAAAAAUUGAAUGCUCCCAAUUUGGGAGCCUAUUAAUUACUGGCUCCAAGUAUAUAGCAUUUGUGUCAAGUUGUCUGGUGACACUACCCUUUUUGAACCAGGGAACGAAGUAUGAGGAUAGGUUAGUAAAACAUUUAAAAAUGUAUUAAACCGAAAUGAAAAAAUAAAAUAGAAUAACACUUCUUGCUUUCCUUUUCCUCCAGAGAUGUGUUUUGCAUUCUAGAUUCAGCUUUUUCAAUCGUUGUAAUACGUUUCACUCGUCCUCACAUUUAACUUUGCCAUGUUACUGCUUUCUUUCUAUAUUCUCUAAUCAUAUUACGGUUUCGCAGGGGUAUCCCUUUAGGGGUGGUGUGCUCCUCAUUCAUUCCGGAUUGUGUUACUUGGAAGUGACGCUAAUAUGCUUUGCGUCAGUUCUGGGUUCCGUCCGCUUUUACCUGUCCUGUAAUGCUCAGUGUGCUUGCCGACACGUCCCUUUUGAUAAAUCAAAUUUUUUGAGAAGCAUGUAAUUAGAUUUUUAAUUUUGUAUUUUUUUUAAAAAACUUUAUAAACCUAAGGAAAGGUCAAUACACAGUCUGCUAUAAAACCACUUAGAAUAAAAGGUCUAUCGGGAAAUAUGUGUAAAAAAAUAAAUUUAAAAACAUAUAUCAAAUACAUGGAAACCUAUAAAAAAGUGUCAACUAUAUUGAAACAUUUAAUCUUGUGCUACUUGUAUAAGAUCAGUAAGUGGCGACUAAGUGGCUACUAAAAAAGACUGGACAUACCCCACUUGCAAUACCUUGGGUUGUCUACUUUUGCAAAUGGUAUGCCAUCAUGGGAAUAAUUUUCAUUCCUGGGCUACCACACGGUCUCAAAGGCAACAUUAACAAACUGCAAAUUUUCAAUGUGAAAAAAAAUGAAAUGCAAGCCUUAUAUUUGACUCUCUAACUUUCCAAAAUACCAUGGAAACUGUACAUGGGGGGUACUGUUAUACUCAGGAGACUUCACUGAGCACAAACAUAAGUGUAAAAACAAAAACAGUAAAACAUAUUACAACAAUAAUAUCGUCAGUAAAAGUGCCGUUUGUGUGUGAAAAAUGCAAAAAAAGUAACUUUUACUGAAAAUAUCAUUGUUGUAAUACAAUUUAUAAUUUUGAAACACUAAUAUGUGUUCAGCGAAAACUCCCGAGUAAAACUGUACCCCCCCAUGUACAGGUUUCAUGGUGUCUUGGAAAGUUACAGGGUUAAAUAUAGCGCGUGCGAAUUAAAUUCUCUGCACUUUCUGCCUGGGUUGUCAGGCAUGUCAAUUUUAAUUAAUUAAAUCACAUAAUUAUGUUAAGAUUACUUAAAUAUACACGUAGAAUUUUAAUAUAUAUACAUAUAUAUGUCUUUAAAUUCUGUGUAAACUUCUGUAAUUUAUGUAACUAGAAAAGCUACAAUUUCUGGGGAAAUUGUGUGAAGUGUUCUUGCCUCCACCAGUAGUCUACAACUGGAGUGGGCGGAGUAACUUUGGAAAGGUUGGAGUGUGGUUCACUCACUCUACAGCAAGGGCAGAGAAGAGCAAUUAAAAACACUGCUCCAAAUUGCUCAAUAAGAAUAAUAAUAUAUAUAUAUGUGAGAUAAUAGUAAGUGGUCUUGCCAUGUAGGGAUAUAAAUGUACCAAUUUAUAUCGAAACGUUCAGCUAUCCCCGCUGCCACUGUGAUGUUUUGUAUAAAUCAUUCAAUAAUUCCUGUAUAAUGAAGUAUUCACUUUAUUAAUACAUAUAUAACAGCAUCUUCAUAUUACUGCCUUGUUACACAGGGUUUCUGCAGCCGCCAUUUCAAAUCCCUUGAACAUUCCACCAACUGCCAACAGGAACUAAUAGAUUUCAAAUAGAGCAGGGUAGAGCGGUUAAAAACAAACUGCUCCAAAUUGCUCACUUCACUGGCGGUUGCCAUCUUCAAACGGUCGUAUUCUAAAAACUAUAAAUCCUACAGCGAAGAGAUCUAUAUUGUGAGAAUGACAAGACCCAGACCUACAUUGACCUACAUGAUGCAUAGUAUGUCUCUAAAAUAUUAAAAAUGAAGGCACAGUCGCAGUUUAGAUAUUGCCCUUCAAAUUUUAGGUGGCUAGAGUGGAGUUUCAAUGAAUGUCAGUGGACGGCCUGAGUUGCAAACAAAUGGUCAUAUUGUGAAAACUAUCAGGACUAUGGCUUAGCCGUGGACAUUUUUAGUGGCAGCAGGAAUAGCUGAACGUUUUGAUAUAAGAUUUGUGUAGGUUGGCUUUAAAAUGAGGGAGUGGUGGCAGUUUAGAAAUCAUGUCCUGAUUUUUCAGCUCACACUGUCCGACAUCACUUCCUCUUUCUUUGCUGCUCCAGCCUGGCACAGGUCAGAGUAUUUUGCCUCUCCUGAUUACUUUUCAUUCUUCAAUUGAGGGAGUGGUGGCAGUUUAGAAAUCAUGUCCUGAUUUUUCAGCUUUUGCCAGCUCCCACUCUAGUUUUGAACAUUUCGCCAUUCAUUCCUAUGGGACCAAUUUCGCCACAAAAAUGACGAUAUUUCGUGAACCAUUCGGUGAAACGUUCCACAAAGUAAUAGCACACCAAUCGGGAACAAGCCGCACGUUUCGGUUUAUUACAGUCUAUGUAGUGUAAAAACUGUGGGAGGAGUUAGGGUGGUAAAUUUGGCUAUAAUAAUAAUAUAUAUGUGAGAUAACGUUAAGUGGUCUUGCUAUGCAAGAACACUUAUAUAUAUUUAUCUAUAAAUAUAUGUGAAGAAGUGCCCUUUGCCACUUGUGCCUGGAGAGGACUAAUUGCCAGCCUGCAUGAGCAAGCAAGUAAACAUGACCUAUUGCCAUGAGGGCGACGCUUACAUCACAGCGGUAAAGAGGUGGAUAGUCGAGUAUGGCCCAGACCCUUUGGAAGAGGUGAUCGUCCGUAUCAUGCAAGAGUUGGAUGAGGAGAACCGAGCAGCACGGGAAUGUGAGUUCAGAUUGUGGCGACUGAGGCUGGGGACAACCGGUCUCCCUCCCCAGCGGCAGUGCAGAGGGAAGAGACAACCGGUCUCCUUCCCCAGCAGCAACCAGAGGUACCCGAGGUAGUGGACCUCAUAGACGGGCCUGGGAGGAUCCCCAACAGGCAGGUGGAGAUGGGACCGAGGUCUCUCUACAGGCCCUACAGGUAUGCUGGGCUGCCAGCCCAGAUCCCCAUCGACAGCUGGAAUUACAGGGAGAGGAGACAAUCGGUCUCUCUCCCCAGUAGCGGCCUGAGUUCAAGGAGGAGGAGAUGGUCGAUCCCUACAGCAACCAGCGCCCUGGGCAAUGGAGGCAACCGGCCUCACCCUCCAACAGCAGCCGGAGGUACCGGGAGAGGGUACGACUGGUCCCUCACCGCAACUACAGGGGGAAAGCAACCCUAACCCCACCGGUGCAGAUGGGACCGCGGUCUCUGUGCCAAUUCUACAGUGACGCUGGACGGCUGGUCCAGAUCCCCAACCGUCCUCGCAGAAAUACCAGGAGGAGAUAAGCGAGCCCAUCCCAGCUAAUUCCCAACAGAGUCCUGGGGGCAGUGGAUGGGUCUGCGAUACCCACUGGCCCCCUUGCAGCAGAAUAGCUGGCAUCCAGGCAUAGCGCAGCCGGCCUCUGCCCUCCCUUGCUAUCUUGUUCAGAACCUGAAUGCCCACUGGCCAACCCAGCAGAAGCACUGGCAUCCGGGCAGAGCGCCGCUGGCCUCUGCCUACUAGUUCCCCUCAGCGACCUGGGACAUACAAGCCAGAGCCGGACACCAGAAAUCACCAGGGGCAGUGCUUGUUUAUUGUGGGUGGGGUACUCGACUAACUCAGGUACUAACCGACAGAAGGUCGGGUACCUGGUUAGUCCCCCCCCCCUCCCCCAGAGGGAAGAUGUGUGACGAAGUGCCCUUCACAACUUGUGCCUGGAGUGGACUAAUUGCCAGCCUCCUGCCCUGCGACUAUGGCCCCUAGAAGAUUUUGCCCUUUAAAAAUUUUAUUUGGGCAUUGUCAUGCCAAAAGCAUGAGUUGGUGUUUGAUGUAUUGAUCUAUGUUAAGAGUUGUUUUUUUAUUUUGUAAACCUUGGGAUGACGUUUAUUGUGGUCUUUGAUCUGGCACCAGGCUUAGACCAUAAAACAUCUAGAUAGCCAUCACCAGAGCUGGAUACAAGGAAUUGCAUAGAGUGGGCAAUAAACUGCCAAAAAAUGCUAGGGCUGCUGCAGAACUGGCAGAUGACUAUGCCGACAUCCAUGCACCCACAUUCAGGCGUGGACUUGUGUCAGCUGCUACUUCGACCUGGAGAGAAGCUACAGUUCAAUCACCACCUGUAAGAUCUGCAGUGACAACUUCACCGCCGACUGCCAGCGUAGCCAGGCUAAUUCAAGUGAGUCAGAUGCCUGCCGUUGUUUUCGAUGCAACCAGAUUGGUCAUCUGAGCAGGACUUGCCCCACUAGGAAUAUACCCUCACCAGCCCGUGGAGGGGCACCAUCAGUUUUGCUUGUGGGUGGGUCUGUGGGGAAACGAGAGGAUAACCUGCAGAGUGUAAUUGUGGGUGACCGUGGGACUGAGAGAUUCUGGAGCUUCAUUCACCCUGGUGCGCCCUGAAGUGGUGAAUACGGAGGACAUAAUCCCUGGAAGAACCAUGUCCAUCAAAGGAAUUGGGGGUGUGCGUCCCGCUGUGCCUCUGGCAUGUGUGUACCUUGAUUGGGGUGCGGGCAAAGGUUUGCGGGAAGUGGGGGUUUCGGAGGAUAUCCCUGUUAAUGUUCUGUUGGGGAAUGAUUUGGGCAGGAUGCUCUGUCACUAUGCUCCAGAGGACACUGUGAGCCAGAAGGACUGACUGCUCCACCUAAGGUAUUGUGUAAAACUUUGGGCGACAUUGUGAACUGUGAUUGCUGGGAGGGAGAGCAGGGUGUGGAUACAUAUCUACCUGUAACUGAACCAGUGAUGUCUACCAAACGUAAUAUAGGAGUGAGUAGUGAUGUGCAUGUACCAAAAUACUGUGAGACUGAGAUAUCUGAAAGUAAGGGGGAGGAGGAAAGCGAAAGCCAGGGAUGUGUACCCCUGGUGGCAGUGGUAACCCGUCAGCAGUGUGCCAGAGCUGCAGCGGUAGAACAGGCAGAAAAUGGUGUAGACCCUAUCCCACCCCUUGAGGCUCUGCCAGAGGGAGCAGUACCUUCUUGUGCAGCAUGGUGGGGAGAGGGCAAUUAGAGUUUCCUGGAAGCUCUGCGCAGUGACCCCUCCCUGGAAGGGCUGAGACACCGCACUGAACAAUUAGGCACUGACUCAGAUAGGCACCGUGUAUAUUGGGAUAAUAAUAUCUUGUACUGGGAAUCCCUUCCUGUCACCAUAGAAGGGACCAGGGAGGGAGAAAGACGACUAAUGGUUCCUAGGCAGUUCAGGGGUGAGCUGCUGAGGUUAGCCCAUGAAACCCCUUUGGCAGGACACCUAGGGGUAACCAAGACAAAAUCGAGAUUGGCCCACAAUUUCUACUGGCCUGGUAUGGGCACGGCAGUUGCAAAUUACUGCCGAUCCUGCCAAGUCUGCCAGAGAGUGGGUAAAUCUGGGGAUGUUACUCGUGCUCCCUUAGUGCCUCUGCCCAUCAUAACUGUACCCUUUGAACUAGUUGCCGUAGAUAUUGUGGGGCCGUUAGCUAUCCCCAGCAGUACAGGGAAGCAAUUUAUUCUGACAGUGGUGGAUUAUGCAACUAGAUAUCCUGAAGCCAUCGCCUUAUCCUCUAUCAGGGCAGAUAAGGUAGCGGACGCUCUGAUCAGUAUAUUUUGCAGGGUGGGUUUCCCUAAAGAAAUGCUCACUGAUUGAGGUACGCAGUUUAUGUCUAAUCUGAUGCAGAGUCUCUGCAAGAAGGUUAAUGUACAGCACUUGGUAGCAAGUCCCUACCAUCCCCAAACCAAUGGUCUCUGUGAGAGGUUUAAUGGGACCUUGAAACAGAUGCUCAAAACAUUUGUAGAAUCACAGGGCCGGGAAUGGGAGAAGUAUUUACCCCAUUUACUAUUUGCUUACAGGGAGGUACCACAGGUUUUUCACCCUUUGAAUUACUUUAUGGACGCAAAGUGCGGGGACCCCUAGAUUUAGUUAGGGAAGAAUGGGAGGGGAGACUACACACUCCAGAGACUUCUGUGGUGGAAUACGUUCUGAAGUUUAGGGACAGGAUGCAGACAUUGACAGGGCUAGUGCAUGACAAUCUUACAGCAGCGCAGUCUAGGCAGAAAUAUUGGUAUGAUCGCAAUGCUAGGGACCGGGUCUAUGAAGUGGGACAAAAGGUCAUGGUUUUGAACCCCAUAAGACAAAAUAAGUUACAGGCUGCUUGGGAGGGUCCCUUCCUCAUUUUGCAGCGUUUAGAACCCACCACCUACGUAGUAGCCCUUGAUGAAAAGGGUGAGAGGCAGAGGCAGUAUCAUAUUAACAUGUUAAAGGAAUAUUAUGACCCAGAGAAUUUGGUACUCAGUGUAUGUAGUUCACCAGAGGAAGAAUUAGGUAAUGAUCCUUUGCUGGAUCUUGUACAGGAAGCUAAAGGCCAGGAAUCCUUACCAGAUACAAAAAUCAACCCAGAGCUCUCAGCUGAACAGAAGAGGCAGCUACGUCAGGUACUAGACCCCUUUAGUGACACCUAUACCGGGCCAUCCACCACGUAGAUACUGAUGACCAACCACCACUACGACAGGUGGCCUACCGGGUAUCCCCAGGGGUAAGGGCUCACAUCCAUAAGGAGAUAGAAGACAUGAUGGGGCUUGGGGUAAUUAGGAAAUCAAAGAGCCCCUGGGCUUCUCCUGUAGUGCUGGUUCCCAAGAAAGAUAAAUCCAUCAGGUUUUGUGUAGACUACAGAAGGUUAAAUGCAGUGACAACAUUUGAUGCUUACCCCAUGCCCAGAAUAGAUGAACUACUUGAUCAGCUAGCAGGUGCUCAGUAUUUAACUAUUAUGGAUUUGAGUCGAGGGUACUGGCAAAUCCCUCUGACUCCAGAAGCCCAAGAGCGGUCAGCCUUUAUCACUCCUUUUGGGUUGUAUGAGUUCAGUGUGAUGCCUUUUGGGAUGAAAAAUGCCCGGGCCACUUUUCAGCGAUUGGUUAAUCAAUUAUUGGAGAGCCAUGAGGAAUACACCGUGGCAUACCUGGAUGACAUUGCCGUAUUUAGCAAGACCUGGGAGGAGCACUUGGUUCAUUUGGGCAAAGUAGUGGAGCAAAUAAGGGGGGCAGGGCUCACCAUCAAACCAGAAAAGUGUCAGAUAGGCAUGACAGAGGUGCAGUAUCUGGGGCACAGCGUAGGAGGGGGGUCCAUUCGCCCUGAACCGAGUAAGGUGGACUCUAUUACGGCCUGGCCAGUCCCUAAGACCAAGAAACAGGUCAUGUCAUUUUUGGGGACAGCAGGGUAUUAUCGCAGAUUUGUCCCAGACUACAGUGAGACUGCCAAACCCCUCACAGAUUUAACUAAAAAGAAAGUAUCCAAGCAGAUAACGUGGACUGAGGACUGUGAAAAAGCCUUCACUGCCUUAAAGACAGCCUUGUCUAGCUUCCCAGUCCUUCAGGCCCCAGAUUUCAGUAAGAGGUUUGUGGUCCAGACAGAUGCUUCCAACUUUGGGCUUGGAGCUGUGCUUAGCCAGGUUAACUCUAAAGGAGAAGAGCACCCUAUCCUCUACCUUAGUAGGAAGCUGUUACCCCGGGAGGUGGCCUAUGCAGUAAUAGAAAAGGAGUGUCUAGCUGUUGUAUGGGCUUUGCAGAAAUUACAGCCAUAUCUGUACGGCAGAGACUUUACUGUCAUCACUGAUCACAACCCGCUGCAUUGGCUGGACAGAGUAUCAGGUAACAAUGGUAAGCUGCUCCGUUGGAGCCUUAUCCUCCAACAGUAUAAUUUCAAUGUCCAACACAAAAAGGGCAACUUGCAUGGGAAUGCAGAUGGCCUGUCUCGGCAACUAGAGGGUUAAUGGUAAACAGAUAAAUCAGCCUGUUUCUGUCCACCAGCUUAAGGGGAAGGUGUCAUGCCAAAAGCAUGAGUUGGUGUUUGAUGUAUUGAUCUAUGUUAAGAGUUGUUUUUUUGUAAACCUUGGGAUGACGUUUAUUGUGGUCUUUGAUCUUGCACCAGGCUUAGACCAUAAAACAUCUAGAUAGCCAUCACCAGAGCUGGACACAAGGAAUUGCAUAGAGUGGGCAAUAAACUGCCAGACCAGCCCCCUCUGAUCAACCCCCCCCUGGGGUCUGCCCACUGAGCAACAACUAGUUCAGAUAUAUUAAUGAGGGUACUGGACUAUCCCGAGAGUUAUUAAUUUUUCUUUUGUCAGCAACUUCUAGGAGACCUAAGCCAUCUAAGACUCCCACAGGAAUUCUAUAUGGGGUAAAUAUAUGUAAGGAAUUUCUUGUGUUUUCUCCUAUUUUAUUUUAUGUACUGUUUUGCAAUUUGUUAUCUGUAUGUCAUUUAUUUCUGUAUUUUGUACUCAGCACUGUGAAUCUUUUUUGUCAGAUUAAAUGUUUACUUAAUCAGCUUGUGUCUCUGUUCUCUAUGAGCUUCACUCUCCAGAGGAAAGCUCAGGUAAACACGUUACCAAAAAGGGUUAACUAUAUAUGUUUUAUCAGUAAAAGUAGAACUGUGAUUCUAUAAUUCUCCUGUGUGUGGGGUAACCUAAGACGCCCGGGUUUAAAGUCUUGGUGGUGGCAGUAAAGUGUGUACUAAGGGGGUUAGUGUAGAAGGGAUUGCAGGGGUUAAUUGAGUGGUUGCUGGGACUAGCAACAGGUAACCAGGGGUCUGGCGUCAUUAUCCCUGUCACUUCCACACUCUCCCCACUGUCUCGGCUGGGCCUAUAGCCCACGCACGUGACAGGCAUAUUGGAUUUUAUUGUACUGUCUGCCCCUUUAAAUUAUAUUGGAGCAGUGUGCAGCUUUAAAUUGUGAAGAAAACCCCUGUUUUAUGGACUUAGUUUGAGUUUUUAUCCCCCCUACAGAACACCAGUUAAACCUUUAAUAACUGUCAUAUUUUCAAACACUGUCUGACCCUUUUAACUGUCAGUUUGUUUUCCUCAGAGCAGGAGGUUUUACUGCAUGAAUACUGUUGCUCUGUGUGCCAUUAAACAGAUCUCUACCCAGCAUUAAGCCCUGGCUCAUGUUUGGGGGGUGGGAUAACUACACUCUUGGGGAUUGCUAUAACAUAAUACUUCCCUGAGUAUAAGCUCCUGUAAGAGCGUGUUCCUGAUAUGCUCUCUGGAUUAGGAGAGGUCUGCCCACUGGAAGCUGGUCCCUGAUCUUGGGUCUAGCGUGGGUGAAAGACGGCAAGACCCCAGCGCAGCUGCAUUGCUGGAAGUGGGGUCUGCAGUGAUUAUGGUGUCUGGUGGAGUGCUCGGAGUCCUCAGCAAGCACCAGGAGCAUCGAUUGGCGGAGGUACUCGGUCGGAGUGCCAGAGGUCCGUCACAAUAAAUAUAUUUAUCUCUCAAAAUACAGUUAGAAUGAAAUUACAUAUCUAUAUAUAAUUUUAUUUUUUAAAAUAUUUUAUUAUAUUUAUUAUUGUAAUUAAACAUGUGUAUAUAUAAAUAUAAAAUAUAUGUAUUGUGUAUAUAUAAUGUAUAUAUCUUAUACAUAUAUGUAACUUCUUUCUAAGUGUGUUUUAAUUCUAAUAUAUGUACUUAUAUUAACAUUAAAAUACACUACGUAUGACGUUGCGUGUGUAUAUAAUAUAAUUUUUUUUUAUUUUUCUUUUUAACAUGUUUAUUAUUUUUUUAUUCUUCCCACCAGCAGGGGCAAUGUCUGAGAGCCCAGACAGUCCCCCUGCAGGCAGAUCAACAGCCAGCUAUAGGGGGGCCUGAUUUGCCAUGGGAGGGCUGUCUGGGCUGUGAGGCAGUCCUCUCUAAGCGGAUCACCGGGAAGGUAAGUAUCUGGAGGCUACUGGGGGCUCAAGCCAUUACGGCGUUCUAUGCCGCUGCAACGGCUUUAAAGCCCAUUAUAAUGGGGACAUUAUAGAGCGCCGUAACGGUGUUAAGGGGUUUAAAAAAAUAAAUUAAAUCCCCUUACUAAAGUUGAUAGAGGGAACUACGCUGGAACUGUUCCCAAAGUACCUGACCGCUGGGGCUCUAAUAAUUCUUGGCAUGGAGUCUCCUCAAGUAAGUAAUUAUCAGAAAUAUUCCAUACAAGUUUUAUUAAUGGGACACUAUAGUCCCCAGAACAACUACAGCUCAUUGUAGUUGUUUUGGUGAGUAGAGUCCCUGCAGGCAUUUUCAUGCAAACACUUCCUUUUCUCUGAAAAGACAGUGUUUGCAUUAAAAUGCAUGCAAGGGAUAAACCAGCCUUUGGCCCUUUUUUUUUUAGUAGCCACUUAGUUACAAACCCUGGCCAAAGUUAGCGUUCAUAUUUGUUUUUGGAAUUUUUCACACAAAGAAAUGCCCUUUCACUGAUGAUCACUGUUUGAAAAGACUCAUAUUUGUGUUCAACAAUGUUUCCAGAAUACAACAGUACUCCCUGUAGACAGGUUUUAUGUGUUUUUGGAAAGUUAAAGGGUUAAAUAUAUGGCGCAUAUUAAAUAAUGUGGCCUUCCUGUCUGGAUUGCCAGGGCCCUCAAAUUGUAAGGGAAAAAAUAAUAAGAUUACAUAAAUAUACACGUAGAUUUUGUGUGUGCUUGCGUGCGUGCGUGCAUGUAUGUGUAUAAACACAAAAAUACAUAAGGUACUUGGUUACACUAAGUAUCUUGGAAUGUAUGCUGCAGGGUGUUUCCUGGGUUGUCAGGAACUCCCUCAAACAUGGGGGGGAUCGCUGGCAGAGGUAAGUAAAUGGUGCUACAGGGGCUGCAAAACAUUACGGCGUUCUAUGCCGCCAUAACGGCCUUUAAAGUAUGAUGGCAUAGACCACCGUAACAGCAUUAAGGGGUUAAGGUUCCAUUGAGGAGCUCAAUAUGAGCAAUGCAAUGAUCUCUAAAUAGAAUGAAAACGGGGAAAAAAAGCCUUCCUCUAUCUUAGACAACAUUGUAUAUCGUGAGAAUUUCACUGUGAUUUCACAAUGCUAAUGUUGCUAGGCAACCAAAGUAACAAAGGAAAAGCAUUCACCAAUACACAGAUUAGUGGGGUACACAAGGCAGGAAGUGUUGGUAUGAUGCUUGUUUAGAUCCACGGUUAACGCUAACACCUGUAAUUUGGAGCAGGGCUUACUUUGGUAGCAAGGUUUUACUACGGUUUUUGUUGUUGCAUAUAAGAUUGGCAUCAUAUGCCUCCCAUUUUAUAUCAUAUGCUAUUUUUAUUUAUUUAUUUUUUAAUUGUGAAACGACUGAUUUUAAACCACACAAUGAAUGGUACACAUCGAAUAGUCCUCAUUCAGAUGAUAUGACCAGAUUGGGGCGUUGCUUGAAACGAGUGUCAAAACCAGUUGCAGUAUGUUUUUCACCAAAUUAUGUCCAUUGACAAAAUUCUGUGUUUAGUGAAUAACUCAUUUUGUUUUGUGGUUUCCUGCCUACCAUAUUUUCCCCAAGUUCUGUCUUAAGGGUAUUUAUGUAUGUGGGGGCUGAGGGUGUCAGCUGAGUCCUUUUGGUCAAUAAGUGAGACCAUGUAUCAAGCUGUCCUUGGCUCAUGGGUGGCACCUUGCUUCUGCAGAAUGUGAACAUGGGACUAAGGGGACCCAGUUUAGUUGUAAUUCUGUUUUGAAAGGGACAUGGUAGGCGCUAUAACUGCUUCGUCUCAUUUGAGUGGUUAUAGCGUCUGGAGUUCCCUGCCACCAUACAUUCAUUUUUAAUGUUCAAUGAGAUUCCAUUCUAUGCUGCUCAAGCUAGUGAGCACACAUUAGUCUGAGCAGAAAUGGGCAACUUGUUUUUUAAUGUCAGUUGACCAAUUUCAGCCUAUGACAGCACCCACUGCUGAUAUUAAUUGGUGUGGCUAGAAGGAAUUGUGUAAUCUUUGCCAUAGUUGUUAUACAUCUAGUAGGAGCCAGACCGAGUGGCCAAUGACCCUUAUUUAGUGGUUUAACACUAGAGUAAUAGCACCAGAGGACUCAAUGUACUAUAACCAACUCAAUUAGAUGAAAUGAUUAUAGUGCCUACAGUGUACGUUUAAACGGUUUGAAUACUUCCUCUGCGUGGGGGAAUUCUUGAAACCAUAACUACUACAUCAUUAAAGGGACACCCUAAAGACCAAAAAUGCUACAGCUUAAUGUAUUUGGUAUUGGUGCCUGUAAAUUGUCCCUGCAAGCUGACACAUAUAAGCAUUGUAAUUUGUAAAAACAAUGGCAAUGUUUACAUUUGUCCAUCAAAUAAACCAAUAUUAUGCAUGUCUGCAUAAAAAAAAAUAUUAAUACUUUACCAUAGAUGGUCUUCUUACAUAAAAUUGUUUGUCCAUAUGUCUACAAAAUAGAAAAUGUACAAAUAAUGCAGACUGAAAUACUAGUUAUAUUUGUAUGUAUGUAAAAUUCAUAUGCACUGUUGUUUAUGAAGACUAUCUAUGGUAAAUAUGAAGAUAAGUAUUAAUAUAUAUUUUUAUGUACACCUCCAUUGUAUUUGUUUAUUUGUCAAAACUGAGAGUUGCAUGUCAGGGGACAACUCCUGAGUGUUAAUUUGCUGCUCACAAAAUAUGAAGUAUUAUUUAUUUAUGUAUUCUUGUUUUCUAUUUAUUAUUUAACACUCCUUACUUAGUGACAGACCCCUAAAGCACUUCAGCUUUGUAUGAAGAAUGUGUACUUUUUGCAACAAAUUUUUUUACUUUUUAAUAGAAAUUGGCACUUUUCUGUGCCCAAAAGUCUUGUUACUUCCUGGUUUGUUUAACACAGUGGACCUAAAUUCAAAAGGCAUCAAAUGCUCAAAGUCUGCCUUGCAAAUACUUCUCAUUGAGCUGCAUUGUGAAGUCUGUGGUUGGACAGUCUGGGCAGGGUUAGAAGGGGAGGGCCUGCAAAGGCUGCAGACUAAAUAAAUAUAUAUGUACGUACGUACAUACAGACACUUCUCACUUGCCGACCGGGUUCCAUUCCUACGACCCGGUCGUAGAACGAAUUGGUUGGUAAGUGAGGAGUUAAGGUAUUUCCUGCUCUGUUGCGUUCUUCUAUGUUCGGGGAAAUCUUCCCGAAUAUAGACGAACGCACCAGAACAAGUUCGGGCUAAUUUCUCUCCUCUAUUCUAAGUUCGGGCUAAUUUCUCCAAACAUAGAUUUAAGGGAUUCCCUGCUCUGGAGCGCAUGUCUGUGUUCAGGGACAUUUCCCCAAACAUAGAAUAACGCAACAGAGCAGGGAAUCCAUCUAAUUCCCAUGACGGCUCACACUUACCACCAUUACCAUUACAGACUGAUGUGUAGAGGAUAAAUUCUACAUAUCUCUUAUUCAAAAUGUGCAAUAAAAUAGAUAAGUAGACCAAAUGUACUAGCUCCAUGUAAGUCCUAUAGUGUGGAUGUGUUUUCUGCAUAGAGAAAAUUUGAUUGAAUAGAAAAAAGGCUGUAUCUGCUUAUAUUGGUAAUGUGUGUUUUGAUAUUUUUUCAUACCUUCUUACAGCACAUGCAGGUGUGUCCGCAAGCAUGAUGAAGAAAAGGACAUCCCACAAGUAAGCGUCACAAAUACAGAAACCUAACCAUCUUUCAUUUCAGGCAAUUCAGUCAUAUCUUUCUUACAUAUAUAAUAAUGUGUAGAACUUGUUACUAUCGCUAUAAUCUAAGAGUGCAAUUAACCCCCUUCCCCCCAGCAUACAUUUAACAGGACAUUGGCCUACUGUUUUAAUCUAGCUUGUUUGUUACUGCAGUUUCACACAGAGCAAUCACAGCAGCAAGCAAGUUAGGUUGAGCAGCCAAAGGCAGGUAACCGUAGCUGCUCUGCCACUUAAAAUGCAGUUUCAUUAAAUGUUAUAACUAUAUAAGAAACAAAAAGAGAAAAUUUGAUGACAAUUGUCCUUUAACACCUUAAGAACACACGGCUUCAGAUGCCUGUCUUGGACUUAAAAACCCAAGCAAUUGUUGCAUUUUAUGCUGUUUGUGUUCAAUUGCAAUUUAAAUAUAUAUUUAUUUUUAUUACACCAACACGUUGUAAACAUUUUUUUAAGGACAAAGUGGCUUUAAUUUGAUGUGGCAUAUACAUAUAAAUUCUCAUUUUUUAGAGAAAAAAAAAAUGCCAAAAUAACCCAAAUAAUUUUAACAAUGUUAAGGUGCAGCUUAAGAAACUUAAUUUAAAAUAAGUUAAAUUACAUUCAUUCGUUAUUUGUUUAUUUUGAUAGUUGCAGGCCACAAUAAACAAGGAGUAAAAAAAACAAACAAAAAAAACCAUUUCAAUAUAGAACAAUUUUAGAAGUUAUGUUUGUCUAAUAAGCUUAAUAGCCAUCACAGAAAACAAAAUUGCCACACAGAAGUAUAUAUGUUUAUAUAAAGUUGACAUCAUAGAGUAAUUUGCCUCUGGGUGUUUUGACUAUUCACUUUUCAUGUAUCUAUUUCACAGCCAAUCUGUGCUUUAUGUUGUUGUAAAAUUGCUUGGGUGAUCUUUUCUGUUUUUUUUUUUUUUUUCAAUUAGACAAUUUUUAUUAAUUUUUUGGGGUACAGAAAGGAAAGAGGGGUUUCAGGGGGUGAUUGUCGAUGCAUUGUUUGGCAAGAAAACAUCACGUCAACAUGGUAACAUAAAAAUAACAUAAAGAUAAUGCAGAUAAUAUAGAGAGACACUCCCAGUAUCUUGUUAGUUCUUCUGGGUCUGUUUUGGGUGUAUCUACCAUCUGUUCCGUUCUAUCAAGAAACUAAACAUUUUCUGUUCUUCAACCAGUCGUGGUUGAGGUUUAACGUCCUGGGUUGACAAUUGGGCAGGGUACAGAAAAGAAAAGAGGAUGGGGGGUGUGUAGGAAGGGGACGCUUAUAGCAGUAGUCUCGUCAAUGAUUCUAUCAAUGCUUUGUUGGCUCAUGUGUGUUUCUGUUGGUACACUUCUUGGCUGCGUACCUUAGUAUCUUAUGUUAUCUUAGGGGAGAGAGCCCCUCCCGCUCCUGGUCUUCUCUCGUUAGUAGCUUUACAUGUAUAAUUAUCCCAUAUGGAUUUGGCUUUGAUGGUAUUGGGGUUAGAGGCUAUGCAGGAGUGCGCCAUUUGCUCGUAGUCCCAGUUAAGGGUUACUUGUUCCCUUAAGGCUUUUGUGCUCGGGACUUUACCUGUUUUUCAGGCUCUCGCAAGCAACGUGUUCGCGGCUAUUAAGAUCUGGAAAGUACGUUUGGUCAGUGGUUUAGGUAUAUCUCUCGGUAAUAUGAACAAGAAACAGUGCUCCGGGGUACAACACUGCUCUGUUUGGGUAACAUUUGAUACCGCCUUUGUGACCAUUUUCCAGAAGUCCUGGAGGCUCGGACAAGACCACCAGACAUGUAACAUUGUACCCACUCCCUCCCCGCAUCUCCAACAUUUAUUGGAUACAUUUGGAUAUAUGUGGGCAAGUCUAUCGGGUACGUAGUACCAUCUGUACAUAAGUUUUCUCAUCAACUCAAAGUGCAUUGUGCAUGUUGUUACCUCUAUGUGCUUUAUCCCAUUGGUCGUCCGGGAUUGUGUAUCCCAGCUCCUUGUGCCACGUUUUCCUGUAUGACCUGGUCUCUAGUGGGUGCGUACUUAUCAACGCUGUGUAAGUGGUAGAGAGUACUUUACUCAGGGGGGUAAGGGCUAUGCAUAGCUUUUGGAAUUGUGUCAGCUGUGUGGAUCCCAUGUCAGCUUUACAGUUUUCUAAUAUGUAAGACUUUAGUUGGAGGUAUGGGAACAGUAGUUUACUCGGCAAGUUGAACCUUGUCUGCAGGUCCGGAAAGGGGAUAAUUUUGUUUCCAUGGAGCAGCUGGUACAAGCAUGUGCAUCCCCGCUCGACCCAUGAUCUAUAGUCUAAGGUUGGUACUUGGAUGCCCACGCUCUGUAGCGGUGUGGCUAGGGAGGUUGGUCCGACCACGUACAGCGAGCCCCUCGCUGCGUCCCAUACCUGAAAGUUGAGACGUGUUGUGGAGAGGGUUGUGGCAGCCCAGCGUCUCUGUGCCCUUGGGACCCAGACAGAAUGUUCAAGGCUCGUCUGUCCAUUGUGGUCUGUGUGUCUGGGUUUGCAUUGGUACUAUUGCGGCUAUUAUCGCCGCUUUAUAAUAGGACUUUAUGUCCGGGAGACCCAAUCCUCCCUUUUUCUUGAGUUUGAUUAGUAUCGUGUUGGUCACUCUGGGUUUGCUCUUGUUCCAAAUGAAUCGAACCAGAGUUCUCUGUAGCUUAGUGAGGUACGUGUUUCCAGAGGGGUAUGGGUAGUGUUCGCAAAAGGUAAUGGAACUUCGGGAUCAAUAUCAUUUUCACUGCUGCUAUCCUUCCCACCCAUGAUAAGAAGCAGCCCUCCCAUUUCUGCAUAGUGGAGGUAAAACUCUGUAUAAGUGGUUCAUAGUUGUAUUUAUACAGCGAGGUAAGCUUUUUAGUUAAUUUUAUGCCUAGGAAGGUUAGGUAGUCUUCCCUCCAGUCAAAGGGGUAUGUUUUCUGCAUCCUCUCUGUGUCGAGUCCCGCCCCAGGUACAUGGCUUGGGUCUUGGUUACGUUCAGCUUGUAAUAUGAAUGUCUCCCAUCAGUGUUAGCAAGUUAGGUAGUGAUGUGUUUGGGUCCAGGAGUAUGUCAUCUGCGAAUAGGUUGGCCUUGUAUUGUUUGUGCCCUAUCGUCACUCUGUGUAUUCGGUCGUGUUGUCUAAUUUGAAGCGCCAGCAGCUCUAGCGCCAUGACAUAGAGCAACGGCGAUAGUGGGCACCCCUGUCUAGAUCCGUUCGUCAUGGGGGAAGGGUCUGAUAAGAAGCCAGCAUUUAACACCUUCGCUGAGGGUGCAGAGUACAGGGACCUGACUGCUGACCUGAAUCUCCCCAGGAUGUUAAAUUUGUUCAGGACCCCUUCCAUGAAGCCCCAGUGCAAGCGGUCAAAGGCUUUUUCUGUGUCGAGGGAAGUUAUUAAGCCUUCCUUCUGUGUGCCUUGCAGUCCCCAAAUUAUGUCUAAGACCUUUCUAGUGUUGUCGCUGCCUUGGCGUCCCUUGACAAAUCCCACUUGGUCCGAGUCAAUUAUGGUUGGUAAGACUAUGCCUAGCCGCUAGCACUUUAGCAAACAGCUCGAUGUCUGUGUUAAGCAGGGAUAUAGGGCGAAAGUUUUGGGGCUGGGUAGGUAGCUUGCCGGGUUUGGGGAGUGUCACUAUAUGUGCUAGCUGGCAUUCUCCUGGAAGUGUACCUAGGUCAAUGGCUUUGUUAAAGGUUGCUGUCAAAUGUGGGGUUAGGGUGUAUCUGAAGCAUUUGUAGUAGCAAUUAGUGAAUCCGGGUCUUUAUUGUUGGGCAGUGCAAGUAUUGCUUUUGUCAGAUUCUAAGAUUGGGGAGGAAAGUAAUUGGCUUUGUUCUUCCGUUAGUUUGGGCAGGGGAAGAGGGUCUAGGUAUCGCUCUAUGUCUGGGAGUGUCGGCUGGUGGAGGGAUGCGUCAUGUUUUAGAUUGUAUAGCGAGGCAUAGUACCUGGCAAAUUUGUUGCUGAUGUCUUUCGGAGCUAUAAUUUUUUUCCCCUCCUAUUAGGUGGGCGUUUUUAGGGGGGUUUUUUUGGAUGGCUUGCUGGUUUUGUAGUCUAUUUGCAAACAUCUUGCCCGCUUUGUUGCCCUGGGCAUAGUGUGAUGCUUGUAAGUUUAUGUAAUUUAUAUCCUGUCUUCUCUAGGGCCUGUUGGUUAAUUUGCCUAGUUAUAUGUUGAAUUUUGGCCUGCAGGGUGGUGGAUGGGGUUACUUGGUUCUGCCUGGUUAAGUUCUGGAGGUCUUUUUGCCAGCCCACUAAUUGUGUUUGUGAUCUUUUAGGAAGGUAUGAGGCCCUCCUUAUCAGUAAGCCUCGGAUGACUGCUUUGUGUGUUUGCCAGAUGUUCGUCUGGGUGGUCUCGUCAGGACUAUUCUCCAAGAAGAACAGUCUCAUCUGUGUGUCGGUCUUUUGUGAAUGAGGUGUCUUUCAGGAGAAACUCAUUUAAUCUCUAUGGGCUGCAGUGGGUAGGAUCAUAGGCAUCUUUAAGUGUUAGUCACCGGGGCGUGAUCGGACCAGGAUAUCCCCCCAAUUUCACAUUGAGUCAUUUGGUCUAACGCCUGACCCUUUAGAAGGAAGCCAUCAAUACGCGAGUAUGAAUUAUGUACUGAAGCGUGGAACGUAAAGGCUUUUUUGCUAGUGUGUAGUAGUCUCCAAGCGUCAUAUAGAUGGUAUGCAUGGAGCAAUUUAUGUAUUGCCUUUUUACGGGUCUAAGUCUGGGACUGUGUGCAGGGAGAGUAGUAUCAAUAGAUGGGUCUAAGACAUGAUUGAAGUCUCCCCAUAUUACCGUAAUGCCCUGUUGUUUUUCUACUAUUGUGGUGAGGAUUUUGUGAAGGAAGUUUGUUUGCUCAAAGUUGGGUGCAUAAAUGUUGACGAUAGUGUACAGUAUUCCGUUAAACGUGCCUAUGACCUUUGCAUAUCUGCCCUCCCUAUCUAGUGCAUGUGAGUGGGGUGUGAACGCCACAUGUCUGCUAAUCAGUAUAGACGUUCCUUUUGCCUUCGUUGGGGAGGUAGCAUGAAAUUGGUGGGGGUAUUCCCUACUCAGGAGUUUUGGGUGGUUAUUCAUCUUCUUGAAAUGGGUCUCCUGUAAGCAUACAACAUCCGCUCUCUGUGAACCAAGUUCUCUGCUCAGGUGGUGUCUUUUUACGUUUAGUCCCCUUACGUUGUGUGUAUAUAUCUUCAUGGGGGUCUAAACCCCGUCGUGAAUAUCAGAGCUAGGUUUAGCAAAUUAGUUCUAUUAGAGGGCGCUGCAUGACCCAGUUGCAACAAGCAAUGCAGCCCACCUCUCUGUGUUAUUCCAUCUGUGCAGUGUACCCAAUGGAUGCUAUGUUUUGUUUCAGGUAUAGGGUGCGUCUCCCUUGUCUCAGAGGAAGGAUGGGGUGUGGUUAGGGGGUUGGCCAGAACAAGGCCUAAGUAUGAGAAAAGGAAAAGAAAGUGUGUACAAACGCCGUGCGCAGGGCUAACUGCCACAGUAAAAUGAAGGCACUCCGUAUGGGUGUGUGAGGGAUGGAGGCUAUCGACCUCCGUAUUUGUGGCUAACGAGCUCUAUGAGGCAUUGUUUGGGAAAAGAACCAGAACCUAUUUGUAACAUUGUGCAUUUGAGUUAUAUCAUGCUAACAUCAGACAAUACCGGACAUAUAACAUUUAUCACAACUAACAUUUAACAUUUAAUCUUGCCCAUGCACGUAACUGACCCUCGUGUAGCGAUAUUACUCACAAUGGGGCAUCCUUGGAUGCCCACCCAGCUUUGAGGGAUCAUAUCGUCACCCGGGUUGUGUUGCGUUACGGUGUAGCCUUGCUCAAUCGGUUUGGCUGGUUUCCCUUAGGCCCUGGGUGUACUCCUAGCUGUGGGAUUCCCCCCCAUCCGGUGUCCUCUUUAACUGCCACGUGUGGUGACUGAUGGUGUGCGGUAGGGGUGGGCAGGUGUGUUUACUCCCACGCAACACCUGUUGCCAGUUACCGUGCGAUAGGGACUCUUAUAGCCCUAGAUUGGGGGGGUACUCAGAGUAUCUUCUCUGUGGGGCCUGGUCUGAGCGGUUAUGUGUCGUGGAAGUGAUGUUUUGCGUACCUCAGAACUGGGCUAUUCUGCUAAUUGGCCUAUGGCAAUUGGGCUGGGGGUCCUAUAUCUCUGAUUGUGACCUAUCCGGUUAUAUAAGCAUUAUCACAAUGUCUAACUAACUCAACACAUAUAUGGUGCAAGGUAUACUUGCGAUUAGAUAACCAAGUCUCUCCGUUUCUGGAACUUAACGUCUCUGCGCUGCGUUUCUCCAUUCUAGCGGCAGCCUGUCUUUCUGCGAUCCUUGCGUCUCUGGGGUUCUUGGGGCAGGCAGAUUCCGUUACCGGAGUCUCCGACGUCUCUCUUCUGGUGUCUGGAUGGCUCCAUCUUUGAUCACCAACACUUUCGUGGGAAAUCCCCACCUAUAUGUAAAAGAAAAUAGAAAGAUAGAUCCACACAGUCACAGUAAUAUGUGAAAUGGUGGAAUCUAUCUUGUAAGUAGCCUACCUCAGAGCUACAGUGUAGGGGGUAACCCAGAGAAAUAAUAAAUAAAUAGUGGAGACCCUUGAAACAAGGGGAUCCCAGGAGUAGCUUCUGAACACACCGAAUAAGCAGUAUAGUUGCCAGACAUACUGACUACCUAAGUGCUACCUAGUGUAAAAAUGAAAAAAUAGCUCCUGACGACGGUGUGUAUUCACGCUGAAACGCGCGUCGAGCGCUUUUCUUUCUUUAUUUUUUUCAUUUUUACACUAGCACUUAGGUAGUUAGUAUGUUUGGUUUAGUUAGUCAGCCUAUGACUUUGUACUAAGAUUUUUUAGGCAGGCAUUUUUUGGUCCUGUGGUGUUUUUCUGGAUUCAGGGUUUGUCCAUAUCGGGUCUGCCCUUUUUCCUUCCCUUCCCUUUUUUAAGUUUACAGGUUCCUUCUUGCCUGCCUUAAUGCUAGUGUUUUUUUUUUUUUUUUUUUAUGUAACACAUAUUCUGGGUUGCCUGCUUUUUCUAAUCUAUUCAGCUUAUGUGUCCUGAGAUUUGGGAGUCAUUUCUGGGAUGCACGGCUAGACCUCUCUUUAUCUCUUACCAUAAAGUGACACUUUUUUGCUGUAUUGGAUAGCAAGCUGUGGGGAGCAUAAGAUGUAGAUAGGGUUUCUUUGUUCUCUUCCACCUUCUCUAUCCUCCCACCCAUUCAUAUGUGUCCUCCCCCAUCCCCAUUUUUUCUUAUGAUCUGGCAACUAUACUGCUUAUUCUGUGUGUUCAGAAGCUACUCCUGGGAUCUCCACUAUUUAUUUAAUCCCCACCUAUAUCUUAUGCCUUGGUCCCUCAGCACUUCCAGGAUUGGGGCAAAUGUCCUUCGCUUGCUGAGCGUUGCCGCCGACAAGUCAGCAAAUAUUUUAACACUGGAGUAGUUCUCUGGGGGUUGAGAUGCGUUACGGCUUGCUAUCAAGACAUGUUCUUUAAUGUGGUAGUAGUGGUCCCUGAGGGGUACAUCUCGCGGAACUGUUUCAGGUAAGUGUUUGAGUCUCAGUACCCGGUGGAUUCUGUCCACCAGUAGCAAGUCUGCUGGGAUUUCUGGGGCAUAGGCAUGCAACAGGCCUCUCGCAUAUGCAGGUAGGUCGGCAGGUUGCACCUCUUCUGAGACCCCCGGAGCCUAAGAUUGUUCCUGCGUGCCCUGUCUUCAUUGUCCAUGAGUUUAGCUUGUAUCUGGACCAUUUUUUGCUCUAUCUCUUCCACGUGGGUCGCCAGAUCAUUGUGUGCCGUGGCAAAUUCAUCUAGUUUGCUUUCCAUGUGGGAUGUUCUGGACCCCAGCUCCUGUAUAAUGUGCCUCAGGGUGUUGAACGAGGAUUGCCAGCUUGAGAUCAAUUUGCUGGAUAGCACUUCUAGGGCUUGUCAGGUAGGUUUGAGUCACUGGUUCAGUCACCGAUUCAGCGGCCAAAGAGUCAUCCACGUCUGGCGUAUUGGUGCCCGUUUCUGAGCCAUCUUGAAUUUCGGCCUGCGAGGCCCGUGCUCCAGGGUUGUUUUUCUGGCCGAAGAAAUUCAGCUUUUCAGCCCUCCCAGCUUGUUUUCUGCCUUUGUGGAGAGAUAUAUUUGGUGUUUGGUGUUUGUAUAGUGGUUCUGGAUGCUAGGAUUGCAGCGGAUUGUGAGCUCAUGUGCCAGAGCAAGGAACUAUGCAGCCAUCCUGCUCAGCAGUUAGCCUGUCUUUUUGUUUUUUUUUUAACAUACACAUUUAACUUUUUUUUUUUUUUUUUAUAAAUAUGUGUAUUUUGGAAAGCUGAAGUGUGCUAUUCGUGUACAAAACCCCAUAUUGUAUUCAGCUACAUCUGCCGAGUAUGAGGAUACCCUCGUUGUAUGCAUUUGCCACACAGAACAUUAUGGGACAAGGGAUGGGGGGGUAGGUGGGGGAGAACACUGUUGACUGGGGGGUGGGGGAGGUCUGGGAAAAAACGGGGGUGCUACAUACUGGGUUUUUGAACCAAUACAUCCUAAUGAUGGCCUUUUUGAUUAUGACUAGUUAGUGCCCAGAAUUGCUUAUAUUCUGGUACACGGGAAGGGUACCAGCUCCCUUUUCUGACGAUGAUACUAUCUUUGCUUUGUGCCAGAUACUGCUUGGUGUAAAUAUCUGUGUGAUAACCCUCUUAAGAUAUCAUCCCCCUAGAAUAGCUGCAUAUAGCGAGCUAUGGUGAGACAAGUCAGCCUGAAUUCUUGGAGUAGGAGUAAACUCAGAGAUGUCAGGUGUGAAAUCCUUAGGGGGUACCCAGUCAUCAGCACCAUGAGUUGUGCCUUAGAAUUGGUGCUUUGCGGUAUCUGGCAAAGAUUUGGCACCUCUUUGGCACUAAACUUCCUAAGCAUGGUGUACAAAUUAACUUUAGCUAAAUACCGUAUUUUUUUUAUAUAUGUUUCUAAUGUUGGAGUGUCACGUUUUUGUGUAGAUUUAGGGCUCUACACUGUUUAUUAAAAAAAAAAAAAAAAAAAAUUUCAGUGGUAAGACCACAUUCUCACCACAGCUCUUCUCAGCCCUUGGGAUAUUAUCAAUAUUGAUGAUCUCUGGACCAAUCCAAUGCUUCUCAAAUGAUGCACUCCUCAAAUGAAUUCUUCACUUAGAGAAGUAUUUGUUGAACAAAGCACUUCAGCAGUUUUAUAAAAUAAGAGAGCAAUACUGACUAAGUCCUAAAGCAUUUCAGCCAUCGGAAAUCCUUUAGAGGACUAGAGUAUCAUUUAAGCAGUGUGUCAAGUCAAUAGACAUACAUUUACAAGUAGGGCAAAAAAAUGAAAUUAUUUGUAGAACAUUGACAUAUGGAUAUUUUAGGGAAACAGCCCCUUUCUCAAAGUAUAAUGCCCGUACCUAUUGUAGUGUUCACUAACUGUAAACACCAACAACUGUAAUAAACCCAGUCCUUUUUUUUAUAUGAUGACAAAUGAUGAUGCUCCUGCAAAAUUUCUUUAUUAAAGUGUUUGUUUUACAUGGCCAGAAACGUACUAAUUUUUUUUCUCUCCUCCUCUCUGCCUCAGAAAACAUCGAAGCAAUAUGGGACCAAGUAAACCUAUUUCACAGCCUAGAAGAAAUAUCGUUGGCUGUAGGAUACAGCAUGGGUGGAAAGAAGGCAGUGGACCGACAACACAGUGGAAAGGAACUGUUUUGGAUCAAGUGCCAGUCAACCCUUCUCUAUAUCUUAUAAAGUAUGAUGGGUUUGAUUGUGUCUAUGGACUAGAACUUCAUAAGGAUGAAAGAGUAUCUGCCCUUGAAGUUCUUCCAGAUAGAGUUGGUGAGUGCAAACGAUACAUUUUUUUUCUGUCUGUUAUUAUGGAACAUAAAUAUACAGGUGAUACUCGAAAAUUAGAAUAUCGUGCAAAAGUUCAUUUAUUUCAAUAAUGCAGCGUGAAAGGGGAAACUAAUAUAUGAGAUAGACGCAUUACAUGCAAAGCAAGAUAGUUCAAGCCGUGAUUUGUCAUAAGUGCGAUGAUUAUGGCUUAUAGCUCAUGAAAACCUCAAAUCUACAAUCUCCGUAAAUUAGAAUAUUAUGAAAAGGUGCAAUAUUCUAGGCUCACAGUGUCCCACUCUAAUCAGCUAAGUAAGCCAUAACACUUGCAAAGGGUUUCUGAGCCUUUAAAUGGUCUCUGUCUGGAUCACUAGGAAUCACAAUCAUGGGGAAGACUGCUGACCUGACAGUUGUGCAGAAAACCAUCAUUGACACCUUCCAUAAGGAGGGAAAGCCUCAAAAGGUAAUUGCGAAGAAAGUUGGAUGUUUCCAAAGUGCUGUAUCAAAGCACAUUAAUAGAAAGUUAUGUGGAAGGGAAAAGUGUGGAAGAAAAAGGUGCACAAGCAGCAGGGAUGACCGCAGCCUGGAGAGGAUUGUCAGGAAAAGGACAUUCAAAAGUGUUGGGGACUUUCACAAGGAGUUGAGUGACGCUGGAGUCAGUGCAUCAAGAGCCACCACACAGACGGAUCCUGGACAUGGGCUUCAGAUGUCGUAUUCUUCUUGUCAAGCCACUCCUGAACAACAAACAACGUCAGAAGCGUCUUACCUGGGCUAAAGAAAAACAGACCUGGUCUGUUGCUCAGUGGUCCAAAGUCCUCUUUUCUGAUGAGAGCAACUUUUGCAUCUCAUUUGGAAACCAGAGUCUGGAGGAAGAAUGGAGAGGCACACACUGCAGGUUGUUUGAAGUCCAGUGUGAAGUUUCCACAGUCUGUGUUGAUUUGGGGAGCCAUGUCAUCUGCUGCUGUUGGUCCACUGUGCUUCAUUAAAGGAUCACUAUAGGGUCAGGAACACAAACAUGUAUUCCUGACCCUAUAGUGUUAACACCACCAUCUAGCCCCUCUGGGCCCCUCAUGCCUCCAUAAAUAUAGUAAAAAUCUUACUUUAUUCAAGCCUGAAGCUGUAAAUCUGCAUGCUGUUAUACUCAGAAAAAUAAGCAGUCUGCUGACAUGUGGUAGCCUGAUCCAAUCACAGUGCUUCCCCAUAGUAUUGGCUGAGACUUACAAAGAGACAGAUCAGGGGCAGAGCCAGCAUGAUUUAAUCACAGCCCUGGCCAAUCCGCAUCUCCUCAUGAAUUGAGAUGAAUUGAAUCAAUUAAUCUCUAUGAGGAAAGUUCAGUGUCUGCAUGCAGAGGGAGGAGACACUGAAUAACAGGAUGCUGUGCACAGUGCUGCCCUGUGCUCUGCUGACAGAAGAUCUGAGUGGAUGGAAGCAUAUUAUGCCUUCAUCAACUCCGAAGUCCCUCUGGUUCACUCUGAGUGACUGCAACUGGAGGUGUUCCUAGCUUUCAAUGUAAACACUGUAUUUUCUCAGAAAAUACAGUGUUUACAUGAGAGAGGCUGCAGGGAGCUAUAGUUCUCACCUGAACAACCUCAUUGUCCAGGGUCAACGCAGCCGUCUACAAGAAGAUUUUGGAGCACUUCAUGCUUCCUUCUUCAUUUUCCAGCAGGUCAUGGCACCUGCCUACACUGCCAAAAGCACCAAAGACUGGUUCAUUGACCAUGGGAUUACUGUGCUUGAUUGGCCAGCAAACUCGCCUGACCUGAACCCCAUAGAGAAUCUAUGGGGCAUUGCCAAGAGAAAUAAGAGAGACAUAAGAUCGAACAAUGCAGUUAUACUUCUGCCUCUUAGGCAGCAUAUUGGUUUUGUCCAUAGUAUGUCCUGUGUGUUUGCAGGGUCAUAUUUUGUGCAUAGCCGUGUGCAUGAAUGUGGAUGGGAAUAAGUGGAGAACGUGUGUGUGUAUGUGUGUGUGUGUGGUGGUUUUUACAAUUUCACUUUAUGAUCCUGAUCUAUCUGUUCACAUCUUGUACUUGACGCACAUGGUCUAUAUCCUCGCAUCUUGCACUUCAUGCACAUGUCUUAUGUGCGUAUAUUAUACUCUGUGCGCAAAUGUUUUUUUGCUCACAUCUUGCAUUUUAUGCAAGUGGCCUGUGCUCACAAUUAGCACUGCAUAUUAAUAGUCAAUGGGUCUACAUUUUGUGCUUUGUGUGUACGGUUGAUGUGUUUAUUCAACAACAUGAUUUCAAAACUAUCAAGCCCCCAAUACUGCUGUAAGAAAGUUCUGUGCUCCAUCAGCUGAUCGUCUGCAAUACGCACACCUUAUUUCAAAACUAUGAAGCCCUAAUACUGCUGUAAGAAAGUCUGAUACCCACCCUCCCAUCACCACCCCACCCCAUGCUCAUUAUGACAUUUAUAGAUUCUGUCACACCCAAAUCUUAGGUAAGUAAAAAUAACAGGUGUGCACACUGCCUCUUAUUUGUACACUCCUGCACUUUCUUGAACUCAUAAAACUUAAUAUUUACCCUACCUUCACCUGCUCUUGAUAAUCCAAUUAUUUCCAAUUUACUUUUUCACACUUUAGCAAUGAUCUGUCUUCUCCUCCUCUUUAUUUCUUCCUUCUACCUCAGUAUAAACAUCUCUUCUUACACCCACUGCACUCAUCCCCCCAACCACUUUUACAUAUGCCCCUCUCUGCUACACUCCCCCCUUCUCUCAUCUCAUGCCUUGCACUCAUUUUUCUACUCUCUCACUCCUACCCACAAUCGAUCUCAUCCUAGACCCCAUGCAUACAAAAGCCAUUUAUUCCUCCUAUCACUUUCUCUCCUCCUGCUUCUAACAGUUGGUGAUGUCUCUCCCUAUCCAGGGCCAUUCACCUUCUCCACACACACAAUAGUAAAUUACUUAAAUACCCUCAUAACCACACUCUCCCGUGUACCCAAACGACUAUUUCACACAUUUACUCUCUUCACCCUAUUGGUCCCCUAUACUGCCUCCCUUGGUAAACUCAUUAGCUCCUUUGGCUUCCAAUAUCAUUUCUAUGCUAAUGAAACGCAAAUCUAUCUGAUCUCUCCCCGACCCUCUUGACUAGUGUCUCUGACUGCCUCUCUGCUAUUUCUAACUGGAUGGCUGCCCACUUCCUUAAACUCAAUUUGACCAAAACUGAAAUUCUGGUAUUUCCUCCCUCAAGUGUUGCUACUCCUGUGACUGUCUCCCUCCAAGUCAGCGGUGCUACCAUCAGCUCCACCACUCAGGCUCCCUGCCCAGGUGUUCUCUUUGACCCCAACCUCUCCUUCACGCCUCAUGUUCAGUCGAUCGCCAAAUUCUGCCGAUUCCAUCUCAAAAACAUUGCGUGCAUCCGACCCUACUUAACGCCAGAUGCGACUAAGGUGCUGGUCCAUUCCACUGUCCUUUCUCGCCUUGACUACUGUAAUCUGCUUCUCAGUGGUCUUACGUGCUCCCAACUUGCGCCAUUACAUUCCAUAAUAAAUGCGGCAGCAAGGUUCAUCUUCCUGUCCGCCUGUACCUCCCACGCCUCACCCUUCUGUCAGUCCCUACAUUGGCUUCCUGUAAGAUAUAAGGCUCAAUUUAAAAUUCUGGUUCUUGCUUUCAAAUCUCUACAUAAUGCUGACCCCACCUAUCUAUCCUGCCUAUUACACAAGUAUGUUCUGUCUAGGCCCUUACGCUCUGCUGAAGACUUACGUCCAGCUAAUGUCCUUACUCCCACCUCUGAUGCUCGCCUUCAAGACUUCUUUAGGGGUGCACCGUUCACUUCCCUCCUCCAUUAGAUGCUUACCCAGUCUCCAGUCCUUCAAAAAAAUAAUUAAAAACCCACUUCUUCAUAAAAGCGUAUCAAUUAAACGGUUAAUAUCACCGACCGAUUCCUAUCUUGCAACGGUCAUUAGCCUACCUUUUGAGUUACUCCCUCUAGCAUGUAAGCUCAAUGAGCAGGGCCCUCAAUCCCUCUGUUCCUGUGUGUCCAACUUGUCUGGUUACAACUACACGUUUGUUUGUCUACCCACUGUAAAGCGCUGCGGAAUUUGUUGGCGCUAUAUAAAUAAUAACAUAGUAACGUGUUUAAUUGAAUUGUGGUAUGUGCUUUAUUUCACAUGAUAUAGCUGUAUUGUUGACAAUUAGGCAGUUUAUUUAGUCUGUAUUGAAUUAAAUGUAUUUGUAGUUUUAUUUUAAAUUUUUAUUCUUUAUUUAUGACAUUCCACAUGUGAGUAUGCCAUCAACAGAUAUGUUAAGUUGCAAAAUACAGACAAAUUAAAGUAUCAGCAAAUAAUCAUCAGAGGAAAACUGGUAGAAUGGGUUUUUGUGGAGUCAAAUUGAAGCAUGAGUGAUAAGCCAAUAUUUGCUUACUAGCAGUUCCUUAAUGGGUAUGAUCACAUCGGGGGUUGUCCCUUAAUAAUGCUAGAUCCUCAUGGGACAUCACCCUCCCUCCCUUCACCACAAUGGUGGGCAAAGUAUACACUAGUAGGUAACAGUGGGGGGGAAGGGGGGAGAGAGAGAUGUUAAGUUGAAGCCAAACAAGCGUUAGAACUGUAGUGUAUCCGUUAUGUGAGUAGUGCUGUAUUUUUUAAAUUGACAGUGCUAUGUCCUGGCACAGGCAUAGUCAACCUUUGGCACUGCAGAUGUUUUAGACUACACCUCCCAUGAUGCUUUGCCAGCAUUAUGAGUGUAAGAGCAUUAUGGGGGAUGUAGUCCACAACAUCUGGAGUGCCUAAGGUUGCCUACCCCUGUCCUAGCAGUACACGUAUAAAACAAACAGAAAACAAACAGAAAAAAUGAACGUAAAAAACAUCAGCAUUAGGUGGAAGUUGGACAGUUCUUUCUGGGACAGGAGAGAUGUCUCUCUUAGGGUGUGGAAGCGUUGGAUGGUAAGCUGCUCUGAGUAUAACCUCUGUUACAGCAGAAGGGUCUAAGCCGGACAGACCCGUUCCUUCCGCUCUCAGGGGCUUCACUAGGCCCAAUAUGUGUAGGUUGGUCUCAAGUUCCUGGCAUCUUAAUGCUCUAUAGGAGUUGCCCAGGUGGGUAAAUAGAAGCUUUUUGGGGAGUCCCCACCUGUAGCGGCUAUUCCUUGAAGAAAGUAGUCAUAGGAGUGGUUGCAAGGUUCUAUGCCACCUAGUGAUGCUUCUAGGGAGGUCCAGAAACAAGGCGAGCAUUGAGCCCUCAAACUGCAAGGGGGUCUUCCCACAGUUGCAGCCCUAAGAAGGAAUUGGAAAUAGACAAUUAGGUCAGCAUGUGCACCCUAUGGUACCAUUGUUGGCUUCGGCAGGCAGGCAGCUACACCACCGUGGCUUGUUGUGGCGACUGCAGGAGGAACAUCAGGCAUUGGACGAAGUGAGGUAAAUCACUAAGGCCUUCAGAGUCCGGUAUGUCCCGAAUCUUUAAAUUAUAAUGCCUCCGUUGAUUCUCUAAGGCGUUUACCAGCCAGUUUAUCAGUGGUUGCCAGUUGGUGUUUUGCUAGUUUCUUGAGUUUGUGCUCCACUGAGGCCAAUCAUGAGUAGUGUGAAGCGUGAGGUGGCGUCCUUGAAGAAGGCCAUGUAAGCUGAAAUGUUGGCACUCAGUUCAGUUUACAUGAUCUUGAGCUGGCUGGCAGUGGCUGGUUUGUUGGCAGUGGGUUGCUUGGGGAAGAAAGUUAGCUUCUAUUAAAUCUGUUAAUUCUGUAGUUAUGUUGAUACCCAGAUAUUUUAGCCUGUCACUGUUUUUGGAGAGCCCAGUGUUUAGUUCUUCUAAUGUUAAUAGGAUGUCAUCUGCAUAGAUAUUUAAUUUAGUUUGUCCUAGUGAAUUUGUGAAUCCCUUAAUUUGUUUUAUUCUGUCUUAUUAAAUUUGCUAAGGGUUCUAGCACCAUUAUAUACAGUAAAGGAGACAAGAGACACCCUUGUCUGGUCCUGUUUUUUUGAUGUUAACAUUUUGUGAUGUAAAUCCUGACCCUAUUAUAUUAGCUGAUGAAGAGCUGUAGAGAGCAGUCACGGCUUGUAAGAUUGGUCCAGUGAUGCCAAACCGGUUUAAAGCAGCGAACAUGAAAUCCCAUCCAACCCUGUCAAACGUUUUCUCUGCGUCUAUUGACAGAAACAUUAGAGGGGUUCCACUGCUCUCCGCUUCCUCCAGUAUGUUUAUUAUUUUUCUAAGGUUGUUAAUUGAGGACCUCCCUGGUAUAAAUCCGACUUGCUCAUUAUUAAUAAGUUGUGGUAUUACUGUUUUUAAUCUAUCAGCUAGAAUGGAAGAUAGUAGUUUAAUAUCUGUAUUAAUGAAUGAUAUGGGUCUAUAAUAUUUUCCAGGUCUUUAUCUGCUUCUGGGAUGGGCACAAUGUUUGCCCUCAACAGCUCUUCAGAACAGUCUCCUGUUUCCAUUAAGUAGUUAACAAUAUUAGUGAGUUCCCCUUGUAGUUGAUCUUUCAUUAGUUUGUAAAAUGUAUUGUAUAGCCAUCUGGGCCUGGAGUGAUCUUUAUUUUAAGUUUGUCUAUAGAUUUAUGGGCUGGUUUAUUUGCCUUAAAGGAACACUAUAGUCACCUAAACAACUUUAGCUUAAUGAAGCAGUUUUAGUGUAUAGAUCAGUGAUGGCGACACCUUUUUGAGCCCGAGUGCCCAAACUGUAAUACAUGCCAAUUUUUUUUUCCCCUCAAAGUGCCAAAACGGCAAUUAAACCUGAAUAUUGAGGUUUAAGUUUAGAAAAAACAACUCAUACAGUUGUCCAAACUAAUUAACAUCUGUGUGUGUAUUAAGCAGUUUGUGUGUGUGCUUGGCAGUCUGUCUGUAUGUGUAUUUAGCAGACUGCUGAAUACACACAGACUGCUGAGUACACAGUCUGCUAAAUACACAUACACACACAUACACACACACAGACAGACUGCCGAGUACACACACACAGACUGCUAAAUACACACACUGCAUUGAGGGGUACAGAGUAUGUGUUUGUGUGUGGGGUGAUGUGUUUGUGUGUGGGGUGUGAUGUGUGUGUGUUUGUGUGGGGUGAUAUGUGUAGGGCAGGGGUGCUGUGUGUAUGUCGUCCCCUCUCCCCCCAUCCCUCCCUCAUUUUUUUCUCCCAUCCCACACUCAGUUUCCCCCCCUAUAUCUCUCCCUCAGUUCCCCCCCAUCUCUCUCCCUCAGUUCCCCCCAUCUCUCUCCCUCAGUUCCCCCCAUCUCUCUCCCUCAGUUCCCCCCCAUCUCUCUCCCUCAGUUCCCCCCCAUCUCUCUCAUCACUCAGUUCCCCCCCAUCUCUCUCCUCAGUCACUCCAGUUCCCCCAUCUCUCUCCCUCAGUUUCCCCCAUCUCUCUCCCUCAGUCCCCUAUCUCUCCCUCAGUUUCCACCCCCAUCUCUCCCUCAGGUUUCCCCUUCCCCAUCUCUCCCUCAGGUGUCGUCCCCCCCAUUUCUCCCUCAGGUGUCGUCGUCCCCAUUUCUCCCUCAGGUUGUCCCCUUCCCCAUCUCUCCCUCAGGUUGUCCCCUUCCCCAUCUCUCUCUCCCUCAGGUUCCCCCCCAUCUCUCUCUCCCUCGGGUCCCCUGAAAAGGCAGCGUUUACAUUGAAAAGGCUACAGGGACAGGCUAUAGGUACCAGAACCACUACAUUAAGCUGUAGUGGUUCUGGUGACCAUAGUGCCCCUUUAAAAAAAAAAAAAACACAAAAAAACUGGCUCCUAACUUUUUUUGCUGGCUCCUAGAUUCCAAACAAAUUUUGUCAAGCCCUGAGAUAAUAUAUUGCCCCUCUGGAUCUAGUUCUUGAUAUUGAAUAACUAGGGAAACUUUUUUUGCAAAAAUAAAUAUAAAUCAAAUAAUCUACAAUUAUAGACCUUUUUAAUCCCUCUGGACAUUUAUAGAAAUCAACUUGAUUUAUGGUUUCUUUUUGUUUUUUGGGGCUUUCUCUUUCCAAGUGUUACCAUACAUAUAUAGAAAUCAAAAAACCUUUCUUUAUUAGUGUUUACAUAAAAAGAAGACUGGUUGAUCUGAAACAAGUAUGAUGUAUGGCGGCUAACCUCGCCAUACAGUAUCUCGAGUAGACAACUUUGCCGUCCUCCCUAUUUAUUUGUGUAUUUUCUGUGUUUUUAACUUUUUUUUUUCCUUUUCUUCCUUCCUUCUCUUUACCCCUAUUUUCUUUGGUGAAUUUCUCUCUUAAUUUCCUUCUUAUUCAUGAUCCUAGUGUAAAAAAUGUUCCUUCUUAUUGUGCAUUAAUUCCUUUAUGGAGUGCCUAUUUGAUAAGUUUUUAGUUGUGGUCUAUAGUUCUUUAUUUUGUUUAUUUAUUUGCCCCAAAUUCUAUUUACUAUAUUAGUGUAUCCCAUAGAUCCCUAAUGUGUAAUAUAGAUUUAAAAAAAAAAAAAAAAAGUUAUUUUCCUUAUUUAUCAGGGAAGUUAAAAAUUUCUACUACUUGUUAUUUCUCCCUUCUCUCCAUCUUCCUUCCUCCACCCCCUCUUCUUCCUCUCCUUCUCCAUUUCUUUGAAUGUUUAGAGCCUCCCAAUUUUUGGCUAAUGGCUGGGGCAAAUUCCAAUUUCAUUUUUAUCUAGCUAGCUUUUCAGGUCUUCUGCGCUAUUGCUAUAGGUGAGUUUCCCUUCAUGUCAUAAUAAUUUUUAUGUGUAACUCCCAACGGUAAUUGAUGUUGUUCUGUCUCAGGGUCCAUGUGCCUUCAGCAAAGGUUUUCCUCUUUUGUCUGGUUGACCAUAACAAAUUGUGGAAUAUUUUUCGGGUUUCAUAUUUUUCUGUACAUCCAUUACUUCUUAUGGCUCUUAGAAUUUGCAUCUUAAUUCUAGAGGAAUUUGCAUAUCAUUACGUCCCUUGGGAGAUGUUCUGGGACUCCUUUAGGUUUAUAUACUCUGACAUCUUUCCAUCAUAGGGAUUCUAUGGUCCCAUUUAAGCUUCAAGUGUUUAAAGACUUCCUCUAUAUGGUUCCAAAUUGUUUGAUUUAUUUGUUCUGGUACUACGCUAAAUCUUAAAUUAUUCCGUCUUGACUGGUAUUCUAAUUCUGUCGGUUUAUCUUCCAUGUGAGCCAUCUUUUUCUCUAGCACCAGAUGUUCAUCUUUAUGGAUGUUUUCACUAUAUUCUAGUCCUUUAAGUUUUUCUUUUAUUCCUUGAAAUUGUUGGUUAAGGGUCAGCAGUUCUGUCUUGAUGUCUAUAGUAUUGGCUUGAAUUUCUUCUCUUAAUUUCCCGAAUUGUGUAUCUAGAUGUCUGAGUAAAUCAUAUUUGCUUCUUGCUUCACUUUGCUAAAUUCCUGGGUUUCCUCCUUUUGUACUUUAAUGCUUUCUUCUAGAGGAAUAUUAGAGAUAGUCGAUUUCUCCAGGUUUGUUUUGUUAAUUGUUGGAUUUGGUGAAAAAAAGGAAAGGCGCUUUUCUGUUAUGCUUUCUGGCGCCUUUUCUUAGAUGCUUGCCAUUUUGUGUCUUUUUUUUUUUGUGUGGCCAUUUUGUUUUUUUAACUCUAUUUGUUAUAUUGUUUUAUUAUUUUCCUUUAGGUAAUAUAAUCCUUAGAAAAAUUACUUUCUUUCCUUUUCUGUGCCUUUGUCUUUUGUUUAUUGUGUUUUUCAACCGAAAUGCUUAUAUUUUACACCCAUACCUCUCUAUCCUGGUACACCUUUAUAUUAGGUUUUUGUUAUAGUGAUAUGACUCAAAGAAGCUAAUCACUUACCCACUAGUUAGACUCUGAGGCAGACUCUGAUUAUAUUUUUUAGAUAUUAUAAAGUGGACCACUAUAAGUUUUACUGAGUCACAUUCUCUAUCUUACUGUAUUUUUAUCAAUUGCUUCUGUAUUUCUGGUCGGAGUCAAACUGUUUCAUUGUCUUUGUAUGGAAACUGUACAAUGAUAAUAAAGUUGAGUCUAAUCUAAGACAGAAUAGAAGGUUUGGGUGGUAGCUCAGUGUGUAAGCAUGAGUGCAUUUCAAUCCCUUUUGCCUCCUUAUGUCACAUGCUCUGUGACCAAUGACAACUCCAUCCCCAUGUCAUUGCCAUCUUCCUCCUCAAGCAGGCUUGCCCACACUCUGUCCAAGUCACUUUGCUACCAGUCCCUUAACAUAUUUGUUUUAAUUUUUGAGACCUCACCAUUGCUUGCACCUAUGGAAUACAUCUCUGGUAUUCUAUGGUGAGAAAGCUGUGAUUUGCCUAACAACUGCAUAUGUCAUGAAUCUAUUGAGGGAAGCCAGUGGAUGCUCUCUAACUCUGGCUGCUUGGUGACCAGAGCCACUGGAAGGGGGUAAGUAUUGUUGUCUCCUGUGACUGUAAUUCACAGCUCCGUUUCAGCUUGCCAAUAUCAAAUGAGUUUUGAUGCAGGUUUUACGUCUUAAUGUUCAUAUUAUGUUGUGUACAGUUGACAUUAAAAUGUCUAUCAGUGGGGGGCGGAGCUAACUCACGAUCUGAGCGGUCGCAUGUCUGCGGAGCUCCGUCGAAAAAGCACAGCAGAAGCUUUAAAAAAGGUACCUUUCUGGAGCCCAGUUUGCCCUGGACAUAGCCGACGGUGUCCGUAAGCAGAUGGGGCAGAAGGAUAAAAAAACAAGGCUGGACCGGCCCGGGUACACGGCUGACAUCAGUGAACUCUUUAGAAGGCCGCAUUGUGCAAGCGGGCCAGAAAUGGCGGACGUGCUGGACGAUUUCUCUGACGUCUUGGAAGAGAUCACCCCGCAUAACCCAGCAGCUCUGGGCUUCCAGGGACCCCCCAAGCCACCUCCGGAGGCGGACAGCAGCUCAAUCCCACUUAAUACGACCAUCCUUGCUAACCUUUGGGCUGACCUCCGACAAAGUCUCUCUGCAGAUAUAUCCCAAGUACGGGAGGAUGUCAGGGGAUUCACAGCUCGUUUAACCAAGGUGGAACAAGCAGUGGAGGAGCACACUCCCCAAAUCGCAGACCUACAGAAGCAGGUGAGGGACCUCACCACGGCUCAGGCUAACUUUGACAGCCAGCUAGCAAUUUUAGAGGAUUAGAGGAGGUGGAAACACCUGAAGAUCAGAGGCAUAUUGGACUCCGUUACUAUGGCAGAGAUGCCACACUUCCUACGUAGGCUGUUCACGGCAUUACUACCCCUUUAAAACAGCAAAGGGCAUACAGCUGGAUGGAAUGUUUCGUCUGCCCAAGCCUCAGUCCAACACAGCCCCAACCACCAGUGACCUCUUGCUAAAUUUCAAAACGGGGAAAACAGAGCAGCCAUCUUACAAGCCACCAGGGGGAAGACCCCAUACCACUUUGAAGAAAUGGACCUCACGUUCUAUGCUGACCUCUCCCACUCAACAUUACAGUGGAGGAAGUCGCUGAGACCCCUGGCAUCCAUGCUCACAUCCCAAGGAAUGAAGUAUCGAUGGGGCACACCUCGUGCGCUGAUAUUCCAGCAUAAUGGUGUAGAACACAGAGUCACAGAGGCAUCUGAAAUGGACGCUGUCCUGUCCUCCCUGAGACCGAGCCCUAACCCUCGCCCACUACCACCGCCUGGAACCCCGCUACCGUGGUUCUGUUCACUCCUGCAUCUCGAGGAACGGCAGGCGCACCUGCCACCUGAAAACGGCAACAUCUUUGUUGGGACUUGUACCCUCUCUCUUCCUAUUAAGUUAUCUGCAUUUUAUUUCAAUACCUUAGUUUUGUUUAUAAAGUUGUGCUACACUUAGGGAUUACUCUCCUCCCUAUACUACAUAUGGCUGAACGACCGUACUGGUCGACACUGGGCGAAUUGAGACCCAAUUAUCUCCUCUGAUUACGUCCAUCCUCUUCCCCUCUUUUUUUUUCUGAAUUUUUUUUUAUUUCUACAAUUGAAAUUGCGCAGUUUAGCUACUAAACCUUUAUCACAAAAUACUGUGCUGUUUACUCGAGUAGAAACGUAACGUUAUUGCUAACUACAACUGUUGUCAUGUUCACUGUUUCGUUGUGUAUUUGACAUAUGCCGGCAAUUGCUGUCGUGGCAUUGCAGGCUACCCUGUAUACUCCUGCACGACCAAAAAUAAAGAAUUAAUUUAAAAAUUAAAAAAAGUCUAUUAAAGCUAUAACCGUAAUUAUGUGGUGCCCAGUCUUUAAUUGUCUGAACCUUUCAACUCUGCUGCUUUUUGGGAAUGAAAAGUGCUCUUGACUUUACGAUUAUGCAUUGUGUAAUACAGAACCUUUUAUUUUUAAGUCCGUAUUUUGUCAAAUGACUGGUUCUUUAUUGGCAAUUUAUUGAAAAUCUAAUAUUUUGUAAGAUCUAUUUGUAGUUCAUCAUAAAAUGCUGACUGAUCACCAAAUGUAUUAACAGUAGCAUAUCUCUGUAAAAUUAGCUCAUUUUGUGUUGCAACCCUUAGAUGGGAAACUCUUUUUUUUAUAACCAAGAGUAGCACAGUGAGGAGCAAUAACGGCUUUAGUUUAUAGUCUACAGGUUCCAGAUGGACUUGGAAUAAAAAAAAUAUAUAUUUAUUUCAUUGUGCUUGGAAUUAGCAUUACUCAAUGUAAUUUAUUUAUAUUUGUAACACCUUUUAGUUUUUAACAUUGCUACAAGUGUUAAUUUACUUUUUGUCUUUAUCUAGCUUCAUCUCGAAUCAGUGACGCCCACUUAGCUGACACAAUGAUUGGUAAAGCAGUGGAACACAUGUUUGAAACAGAAGAUGGCUCUAAGGAUGAGUGGCGAGGGAUGGUGUUGGCACGAGCUCCCAUUAUGAAUACAUGGUUUUAUAUAACCUACGAAAAGGACCCUGUGUUAUACAUGUACCAACUUUUAGAUGAUUACAAGGAGGGAGAUCUCCGUAUAAUGCCUGAUUCUAGUAAGUUGUUUAUUGUUCUGCAAAACUUUGUAUUUUUAAUAUUCUAUACAGAACGUGUGCACUGUUUGGUUUGUUGGUUUUUCUUUCCUUUUCUGGAAUAUAGAAUCCAAUUAUUUUGAGAAAGCAGUGUAUGUAUUACUGGAGUACUUCAUUGGCAACCAAACUAUAUAAUACAUUUGACUUUAGACUAUUUUCUUUGACUAGGUGCAGGCUUUUUUUGCCAGGAAAUAUUCUAGUAUAGUACUAAAUCAAUAUAAUGCAUCACCCUCUGACUACUCGUAUUUUUAUGAUCAUUACAAUACCCAGUGACAUGUCUGCAUGAUUUAUUUUGAUGCUUAUUGUUGCAAAUAAAACCAUUUAAGAAAAUAAUACCUGGUAUGACCAGAAUAUGCAUUUGUGAAAUGCCUUUAUCCUUUCACAGAGUUUAAUUAUUAUAUUAAAGAAAAAGUUUAACCACAAAAGGCAAAUUUCAACAAAUUGCUUACAAGUAUGUGAUCCAUUGAUUCACCUUUCUUAAUAUCAGUAUUCUUAAUAAAUGUUAGGAUUCAGGCAGUCUUAACCCUGCAAUGUAAACAUUUCAGUUUCUCUAAAACUGUCAUGUUUUGCAUUGCAGGGUUAAGAGGACAGGGUCACUGCACCCACACCACUUCAUUGAGAUGAAGUGCUCUGGGUGCCUAUAGUGUAAUUAAAAGUACCUCUAAGCAAUAUAUAAAUACAGGGUUCCUAUGUCAUACAGAGUUUAGCUUUUAGUCUACUGAGGAUCUAAACUAGUUGCUCAUUUGUAGUGUGUCAUUUUAGAAUUACUAAAUAAUAAUUGAUAAACAUAUGAGCAAACCAUACAAAAAUGUUACUGUGCACAGUCUCAUUUCCAAGUGAUAUCCUUACUGUGUCUCUGUUUUGACACUGACUUAACUACACAGAGCUUAAUCACAAGUAGUAAAUAUAGUAUUUAUACUAAGUACUUCUUAGGUAUUGCUAUUUUUAUUUUACUUAGAAGCGGUUGACACUGAAUUCCUUUUUGUAUUGUUUAACUUGUUGUAGGUACAUGUGUUGAUUUAUAAUAUAGUGUAUUAUCUGCUUUCAACUAACCUCCAUUUUUUUUUUUUUUUAAAUUGAUAAAACCAGACGAUUCCCCUCCAGCUGAAAGGGAGCCCGGAGAAGUUGUGGACAGCUUAGUAGGAAAGCAAGUGGAAUAUGCCAAAGAAGAUGGCUCAAAAAGGACUGGCAUGGUUAUUCAUCAAGUUGAAGCCAAACCCUCAGUUUAUUUCAUAAAAUUUGAUGACGAUUUCCAUAUUUAUGUCUACGAUUUGGUGAAGACAUCCUAGAUAAGAUCAUGGACCUACUGCCAAACUCAUGGAUCUAACAAAUGUAAAAAUCUGCAGACAUAUUUCACUGCUUUCUGAUUAUAUGAAGGCUUCCAAUAUUCCUGCGAUCCCACAAUCCCUUUAUGGAAUUAAAAGAAAAAAAUGUUUUGUUGUGAACAGUGUACUUAUACUAUCUCUCCCACAAAACAAAUAGACCACUUUCUGUGAAUAACAUAUUUAAUAUAAAGGGAGAUUUAAAAAAAAAAAAAAUGAGAGCGAGAGAGAGAAAUCUGAAUAGUGGGGAAAAAAAUCCAUGCAGAUGGGGAGGAUAGAAAAAGACCAGCUUUGUACAUUUUCAAAACUCAAGAUUAUAGAAAUGUUACUGUUGUGUUUCCUCAACACUCAUUCCUCACUCAUAAGAAUAUGGUUUGUAUAACUAACUUCCCUAAUGUGAUAAUGAAUACAUUAUUUUAUAUUUCUUUCAGCAUCUCUGCUGAAGAAUCUUACAGUGCACAGACCCUCUGGUCUGACAGACCCACCUAGACAUUGCAUUGUGUUGGUGUGCCUCCCUUGCCAAGAGGUUUUUCUGUCUUUGUAGCCAAUCAAGCACAGUAUAUUGUAAACAACAUGGGUGGCUUUAUCAGUUUUGUGCAUCUUUCUUUAUAGAUUCAUCUAAAACAAUUUUUCAUAUGGUACCAUGCUGGGUAUAAUGUGGAUUAUAUUAUUUUGCAGUCUUCUUAACUUGGCCUGGCACUUGGCCUAAUGUCUUAUAGGUUGCAGGACAAUUUUACAUCACAAAAGACUAUCUUUGAAAGUAUUUUUCCCCCAAUUAUUUGUUACUUUUGUCAGAAAUGCUGCAGAUGGUUAUCAUGCUGUCCUUUAACAUAGUCUGAAUUUUCGUCUGUUUGUCUCUUUUUCUUAUUACAGCUGCCUGACUUGUGUAAAAAAAAAACAAAAAAAAACCUAUUUUAAUUUUUUGUUUUGUUUUGUUUUCUUCUACUUUGCAUAUUGUUGGUUUGUACAAAACAUAAAAAUGAGGAAAAAAAGAGACCACAAAGUGGAGAAAAAAUUAUAUAUGUGUUGAAAGUACUACGAUGGACAACUGGUUACUUUAUUUUUACUCAAUAUUCUAACAAUGUUUAAAUAAAAUGUGAGUGCUUGAGUGUAGCUAAGUAUUUGUUGUCAAAAGCUAUGGAAGCAUCUAUAAACCUAUAAUGUGGAAACGCUGAUUUAGGCUAAAAGUUCCUAUACCCACCAUUACGAUAAUUCUAGAUCUAGCUUAUGUACGUGUUCCCUUGAUGGUCAAAGGAGUGAGCAAAAUAAACACUUCUUCCAUAUAUAGUAGUAUUUGUUAAAGCACUUAUGAAAGGAAAGUGUGAAGAAAUGAUGAAGAUCUGUGUACUUUUUUGGAUAUUUUUUUUUUUUAAUUUCUCUUGAAGAAAACAGUCCCCUUUCAUUGUGCUUGAUUUUUUUCAAAUUAGGUUUAAAACAUAUACACACCUUCCAGGUUAUGCUACUUUUGUGGAUGUGGUACAAACAUUUUAUCUGUUUUGUAUUAGCUGUAAUAUGCCACAUAUUGAGUAAUGUAUACAGGAGGUGGCUGUGGGGCAAAGUUCUGAAAGUGGAACAGUCACCAUGGAAGUUCCUACUGUAAUAAUUGAUUUAUUUUUUUGGGGGGUGGGGGGUGGGGGGUGGGGGGGGUGUAUUUCCCCACAUUUUUAAACUUGCCAUGCUACUACAAAAUGUUUGCCAGCUGCCAUAUUUUACUUUUCUCAGAUAAUAUAAAUGGUUACAUUCAAACUUGACUGUGGAUACAAUUGCUGACUUAAAACAAAAUAAAAAUAAAAGGGUUUUAUACACCAGCAUUUUAACAAAAGUUUAGUGAAUAUUUGCCCAGACAGCACUACAAAAUUUGACCCAAUUUGUUGGUAUGAUACAUAUUGACAUAAUUUUUAUUGGAUGACCUGUUGUGUUAUUUAUUCUUAAUUGACUGUGUAUAUUCCAGCAAAUAAUCUGAGCUGAUAUCAGCUUAAAUAGCAGGGUGGUUUGUUGGAGAAAUUUUUAUUUUUGGUUUUGUUUCCAGUAAAUGUAUUAAAGCAAUUUCAUAUUCUUUGCAAGAACCCUUAAUGAAAGUUGUUUCAUGCAAUCCUCUAUGUCCAACUGUUUGAAACCUUUAAUUUCCCAGCAACUGGGAUGGUAGGUUAUUGAUUGAUAACUAUUCAGUCAAUAAGUACUUAAAGCCUAGAACCUAUUUUACUGGGUAUAAGAGCGCUAUAAUCCAUAAAAAACACAAUACAAUGUGGGGUUUUAAGAAACUCACCUUGAAUCUAGGAUGCAACUUGUACGUUCUCCAUGUGCUGCUAAGGGUUAGAAAUCUGUCUUACUUUAUGCACAUAUCCGUGCUACCCAUUGGCCUCCUAAAAUACCUUUGUUCCAGUUUCUGCAACAUUUCAUGUGUUCGCCUUAAGGCUUAUGCCUCCUUUUGUUAUUAAAUGCUUACUUAUGCUCCCGUAAUAAAAGCAUUACAGUAAUUGUCUUUGCUGCUAUUGCAGUAUGUCCAGUGGGUUAUGGACAACCAAAGGCAGGCUAUUGUUUAGCAAAUAGCGUUUUUUUUUUUUUGUUUUUUGUUUUUUAUGUUUUUGAUCAAAGUGAGUGGAUUUGCAACAGUGUUUCUAUCCUGCGGAUCUUUAAAGUGACUUAUUGACUCUGAAGAGUCCUGUAUGUAAAUCUCAAAGCAGAGCCUGGCUCCGUGAGCCCCAAUAGUAGUUUGAAGCACACCCAUUAGAAGUGUGCAUAUACACACUCAUUAUGUAUAGUUAAACUCGGCUGCAGUAAGUUUUUUUUGUUUUUUUUGUUUGUUUUAUAGCUUUUGUAGAGUUUUUUGUUUUGUUUUUUAUUGUAAAAAAAUCAAGCUGUAUGUUUGGUAAAGAAAUGCCUACAUUUUUGGAAUUUGUUUUUCUUACACAUUUGAUUAUUUCUGUUUCAAAUAGAAUAUUGUCUGUGUUUGUUUUCCUUUUGUGUAACUUCUUAAAUCCCACCAAUAUGCACUUGGUUAAGAGGUAACUAAAGGCAGACUUCUAUCAAUCACACUCCUCUGGCUUUUGUUAGGGCUCUUGUUUUAGAACUGCAUGCAGUGCUUGUGUUAAUCCUGUUAAUGUACAUGUUGAUUCCUAUGAGGGGUUAACAUUACUAUCCAUAACUUUCACAGGGCUUGUAACUGCAAGCUAUGUUUCUGUGUGAACAAAUAGCCUUCCAUUUACCUGCUGUAGACUUGUGUUCUCGGUGUGUGUGAUGUCAGGCUGCCAUGUGAUAUCCUUUAAAAAACAAACAAACAAAAACGAUGCAAACCAUUCUUUUUUUGCAUGCUUAGAUUAUACGUUAAAUGUAGCAAAAUAAAGUUGCAUGUUAAACUGUUUCAGUUUGUUUUUGUUUUUUUUUAAUUAUUUUUUCCUCCCUAACCUCUUUAAUAUUUGUUUCCUUUUCAUAUGCAUUCAGUAAAACUUGCUAACAAGAUUUUGAUGGGUAUUUUAAAUGGCUAGGUGCACUGGUGAUGCAAAUAUAGUGCCAAUUAAUGGUAUUGUUACAUUUAUAUGUAUCUGCAUUUAAAGGAACCACACAUUCUGCAGAAGAAAUAAAAUCUACAAACCGUAACCAUUUCUGUAUCUUUUUAUUGUUGUUUUUUUGUUUUGUUUUUUUGGUCACUUUUCCCACUUGUUGAGUGUUUAAAUGUUUUGGUGUCAGUUUUGGAGCCCUAAAUGUUUUAGGCCUGUAGUUUUCAUUAACCUAAGUGCUUUACAUGCACGUUUGUGUAUAAUUAGUAUAUUGUAAAUUUGUCCCUUAUUUGGGAAAUAUUCUUUUAACGCCUUAAGGACAGAGGCAAUUGGCCAAGUACUGAACCAAAACAAAACCUAGAAUUUGAGCUAUGUGUCUGUUCAACCAUAAUAUACCUCUUUUAUAUUAAGUGUACCAACACUUUUUAAAGAUCAUUUUGUUCAUGAAAAAUAG